CUCUCUCCACCCAGCUGACACAAUGCUCCCAGCUAUAGCAAUCCUGCUGACCUGCUUACUGUGUGCUCUGCUAUAUGUGAGCCUCUUCAGGAGAACCAGGUGAGACACUAGUCUAUUCAGUACCAGCUGCUAAGAUCUGUGAAAUGCUAUCAGUCAUCUCCAGUCUCAGUUACUCCUUUCUACAGCAGGAUGGCCAAACCUGAGAUUCCCAGCUGCUAAUGGAUCACUAAUCCCAUCAUGUUUUAAUAAGAUUUAAUAUCAAAGGAAUUACAGUAAUUACAGAACAUCAUCUGGCCUCCACUUUCUGAGAUUGGCUGUGUAUUUUAUUAGACUGUAGAAGUAUUUCUAAAAAGUAAUAAUUCUAAAAUAAGAACUGUACCUAUAGUGCCAGGUUAUUUAUAGUACCAGAUAGAUGGUAUAGAUUUUAUACAGCUGCCUUGUUGUGAUGGGAGCUGCAGUCUUAGAUCUGGUUGUUUAUACUGGUCUGUCAAAUAUAAGGUUUAUGUGUUUAUUAUUACCGCUCUGUGACAGAAUACUGUGUAUUGUUUAUGUAGUGCUAUAAUGAAUCGAGAACAUAAUCCAUUUAAUAUAUUGAUUGCAAUAUUAUUUAUAAAAUUAUUGUCAGAUAAUAUAUAAAUAAUAUUGUUAUGAUAAGGUGACCCUUACUGCACAAUUGGGAUUUGUUUGUUAAUUAGUUAACUGCAGUCAAAAAGAAAAAAAACAAAAACACUGUAUAUUAAGGGGAACUAGUGGCGAUAAUUAAAAGAUUUAUUUCAUUAAUUAACGUCAGUAAAUAAUGUAAAACCAUCAGAGACAAUGGCGAGGCAAGUUUAAGACGAGGUAGCCCGAGUGUCUGGAUUACAUUGUCUUUCCUAUAUUGAAUGGGGGUUUGCAAGGUCUAGGUAUAGUCCGCAGAGGUCUACAAGUGAUGAGAGUGCGGAUCCCUCGAUGUUUAAGAUGAAGACAGAUACACAAAUUAAUAGAAUAUAUUAUUAUUUUAUUAUUUAUAGAGCACCAUCAGAUUCUGUAGCGCUGUACAAUGGGGUAUAGUUUGUACCUGCUGGCUGUGUCCACUACAUUCAGCGAUCUCUCGAAUUGCUCUGGCAGAGGAAAGAUUAUUGGCCCUAGUCUACCUAGAAAUAAUGAGAUAAGUUACAUUUAAUAUAUUAGGCGCGGGCAGGGGGGGAAGCACAAAAAUAAUGCCUUAAAUCUGGUCAAGUCAGCGUUUAACUGUUGGCAGACUCUGGGAAUUCUGUUUGGGAGCUGGUUGUGUUUUCUUUUGGAUAAAGAAUAUCAGAGUUGCAAUGUUAGGUUUUGCCCAGUCAUAGUAUUGUGUAAGAAUCAGUGCUGGUUUGGUAAAUCCGGUGAUAAUCUAGUCAUUCUAGACCACAGUUAUUACCUGCGGAAACGUGCCUGUGGUUUAGGAUUAAGAAUAGCUUGGAGCAUUCAUGUCAUCUCAUUAAUUUUCACAACCAGUUCUCCAGGUAUUUUAAUCCUUUUUUUAUUUGCAUCACGAAACGUGUAAUUAUAAGGCAGCUGACGCUGUGUAUCCAUACCAAACCAAGUCAUUUCCCAGAAUCCCACUGGAUCCAGCUUUCUCAGAGAUGGGGGUUUGAGGUGUCCCCUGGACUCUAGUGGGAAUUCAGAAAGGGAAUUCUUGGUGGAUUCCAACUUUAAGGUCAGGGUAGCCAAACUGCAAGUAUAGCGGACUUUGAGAACCCAGCCAAUAAAAACUGGCCAAUGAGAUUUAAAGGGACACUAUAGGCACCCAGACCACUUCAGCUCAUUGAAGUGAUCUGGGUGCAGUGUCCUUGUCCCCUUAACCCUAAGCAGGUAAUUAUUGCAGUUUUUAAUAAACUUUAAUAAUUACUUGCUUGGUUGGAGAUAUUACCACACUCUGCAUGUGAACUUCCAGCAUCACCAAAAUCCCCAUAGGAAAGUACUGAAUAAUGCUUUCCUGUGCGGAAACCUAUUGCCAGCGUGUCCAUUGCCGCGCAUGUGCAUUAGGUCUCUCCCAUCGGCUGACGUCAGCACCUAAGCCAGCACAUAGGGAUACCUGCGCUGUACCCAGGUAAGUGACAGAAGGGGUUUAAUGGAGGGGUAAGCUCUAGUGCCAGGAAAAUGAGUUUGCUAUAACAGCUGAGUGUUUCCCUCUGGCACAGAAUGUGUUAAACAGUUCAGGGAAACCGAACAAUCCGCCAUUGCUUAGUUUUGGAUUUCAUGACUCAGUAGUCUUUUGGCACUUGUCCAUUUUGUACAUUAAGGGUUUGUGUGUGCGUCUACAUUCAUUACAGUUGUAGACAAUGUCUCAAACAGUGUGAAAUGACAAUCUCCAAGAAUAACGACACAUUGCGUUACGGAGAAAGGUUGGGAUACAGUGAUGCAAAUUCCUGGCUAUCAGAUGGUCUACUUGCCAACACCAGUUGUGUCACCUUCAUGGUGACGUCUAAACGUUCUCCUGUGUGUCUGUAGGAUACAAAGACUAUCUUACUGGGCUGCGUUUACAGAUAACAGGACACUCACAGGGCCAAUUUCUUAAUGCAUAUAAUUCAUUGCUGCAUUAAAUCAAGUACAACAUUUCAGUAAUACUUUGUAGUUUUCCAUGAGAAAAAGUGACUUGCAAUUGAUUGUCUUGGGGGAGGAGCAGGGGUUUGUUCCUCUGGCUUCAGCACCUAUGAAGGGUGAAAAGCCAGCACCGAUGUAUGUGUUUUUUUUAUGCCACGGAGUUCAAUUUCCAGAGAUCAGGGCAGCUUUAGCUUUGACACUGUGUGUGUAACUCGCCCAGGCAGGGGCAGCCUGUCCAACGUGUCGACUUUGGUAUGAUGGGUGUGCUGACACCACAUGUAAAACUGAUACUGGCAUCCAGGAAGAGAGUAACCCAGCUGGCUGAUUGACAGCCCAGAGGUGGAGACUCUGGUGUAGGAAUUUCAUUUUUAAAAUGUGCCAGAGAUGUCUUUACCAUUCGUAGUCCUCACAUAUAGUGUUAUAGGAGAUCCCAUAAUGUUCUGGGGGCUGACAGGUUCAGUGCUCAGUCUAUGGAGAGCUGCGGGGUUCAAUAUUCAGUCUAUGGAGAGCUGCAGGGUUCAGUGUUCAGUCUAUGGAGAGAUGCAGGGUACAGUAUUAAUUCUAUGGAGAGCUGCAAGGUUCAGUGUUCAGUCUAUGGAGAGCUGCAGGGUUCAGUGUUCAGUCUAUGGAGAGCUGCAGGGUUCAAUCUACGGAGAGCUGCAGGAUUCGUGUUCAGUCUAUGGAGAGCUGCAGGGCUCAGUGCUCAGUCUAUGGAGAGCUGCAGGGUUCAUUAUUCAGUCUAUGGAGAGCUGCGGGGUUCAAUAUUCAGUCUAUGGAGAGCUGUAGGGUUCAGUGUUCAGUCUAUGGAGAGAUGCAGGGUACAGUAUUCAUUCUAUGGAGAGCUGCAAGGUUCAGUGUUCAGUCUAUGGAGAGCUGCAGGGUUCAAUCUACGGAGAGCUGCAGGAUUCGUGUUCAGUCUAUGGAGAGCUGCAGGGCUCAGUGCUCAGUCUAUGGAGAGCUGCAGGGUUCAUUAUUCAGUCUAUGGAUAGCUGCAGAGUUCAGUGUUCAGUCUAUGGAUAGCUGCCAGGUUUAGUGUUCAGUCUAUGGAGAGCUGCAGGGUUCAUUAUUCAGUCUAUGGAGAGCUGCAGGGUUCAGUAUUCAGUCUAUGGAGAGCUGCAGGGUUCAGUGCUCAGUCCAUAGAGAGCUGUAGGGUUCAGUGCUCAGUCUGUGGAGAGCUUCCGGGUUCAUUGUUCAGUCUAUGGAGAGCUGCAGAGUUCAGUAUUCAGUCUAUGUAGAGCUGCAGGGUUCAGUUUAUGGAGAGCUGCAGGGUUCAGUCUAUGGAGAGCUGCAGGGUUCAGUUUAUGGAGAGCUGCAGGGUUCAGUUUAUGGAGAGCUGCAGGGUUCAGUCUAUGGAGAGCUGCAGGGUUCAGUCUAUGGAGAGUUGCAUUGUUCAGUUUUUUGGAGAGCUGCAGGGUUCAGUUUAUGGAGAGCUGCAGGGUUCAGUUUAUGGAGAGCUGCAGGGGUCAGUCUAUGGAGAGCUGCAGGGUUCAGUUUAUGGAGAGCUGCAGGGUUCAGUCUAUGGAGAGCUGCAGGGUUCAGUCUAUGGAGAGCUGCAGAGUUCAGUAUUCAGUUUAUGGAGAGGUGCAGGGUUCAGUCUAUGGAGAGUUGCAUUAUUCAGUUUUUUGGAGAGCUGCAGGGUUCAGUUUAUGGAGAGCUGCAGGGUUCAGUUUAUGGAGAGCUGCAGCGUUCAGUUUAUGGAGAGCUGCAGCGUUCAGUUUAUGGAGAGCUGCAGCGUUCAGUUUAUGGAGAGCUGCAGGGUUCAGUUUAUGAAGAGCUGCAGCGUUCAGUCUAUGUCAGGGCUAGGCAACCUUUGGAACUCACGAUGUUGUAGACUGCAUUUCCCAUGAUGCUUUGACAGUAUUAUGACAUUACAGGAGCUGUAGUUUACAACACGUGGAGUACCAAUGGUUUCUAAUCCUGGUAUCUGGAGAAUGGCUGGAUUCAGUGUUGUAUGGAUGGCUGUAGUGCUCAGUGCACUAACAAUAACUGCUGCUGGUUUCAGAGUUCCAUCUAGGGAAGAUUGCAAGAUUCACCACUCUUCACGAGAGCUACGUGGUUCAAUUAAUCUGGGUUAGAAAAUUAAAAUACUAAUUUUGCUGUUGGUGGAAAUCAGAAUUCUCAUUAAAAGGAAGCCAGACUGAGUUUAAGCAAUUGGGUCAAUAAUGAUUUUGUGAGUUGAGAGUUUAGCCAGAGUUGAGCUGCCAGACAGUGAGCUACUUGAGAAUUUAAAAUCUGGACAUCAGAGCCAAAGAAUAGGCAAAUCUGCCAAGUUUUUUCUAUAACCAAAACAUACAAAAAGAGCCGGCCCUGAUCUACACAAUGACGCAGUGAUGUCAUCAAUUCCAUGGACAGAAUAGAAACGAGUGGCCAAAUCUGUUAGCAUUAAAAAAUAAACAACGCAGAGCGGUUUAACCGCUUGUAUUCUUUGGACCGGGUCCAUUCAAAAUAUCCCCUAUUCUAAUCUGUGGUUUCAAAUAUAAAGGAAAUAUUCCGCUAAAGGAACAAAACUCAAACGACCUAAAAAUUGCCUUCCGGUGUUUUGUGUUCCCUUUAAUCGGACAACUCCUGCUUGGAAACCGUAACAAAACAAAACAAAACAAAAUACAAUAUAUUAUAGAAAAGCAACUACUGGUUUAUGUCAUAAUAAAAAAAACAGAAAAAAAAAACUGAUUUUGAAUGGUUUUAUUAAGAGUUUCUCUGCUAGAGCAUUCGAGGGAACACCCAACACUUAUUUUUUAAAUCAUUCUUUAUUUAAGAGUUUGACAGGUUUAUGGUAGGAACAGUUUAUAUGAAAAGAAAUGACACUGCAAUGCAUAGCCAUAACACGCCAGUUAUAGUUACAGAAUCGCCCUGUGCUUUGAAUAGCGUUGGUCCAAUAAGAUAUUUCAGUUAAACAGGACACACAUGGUGAGCAGUAAAGACCUAUAGAGCCUCCAAGAUGUUGGAUGGUUUCGAUCAGACCAUGCAUGUCUCUGCAGUGGUCAAUACAAGCAACAAAUACUCGCACCAGUGCAUGUCUUACGUAAGUGUACAAUGCGGACUGUUAAACCGGUCAUAUCACUGGUCUCUGCCCAGUGCCACUGCAAUCUGGGUAUGAUGGCAUUCUGUAGGGCCCUGGUCUGAUGGGUGAAAAGAGUAGGCACAGAGGACAAUACUAUGUACAUAAAAGAAAUAUGUGGUACGUGUUAUAUGAUGGGAAGUCCCAUGGUGUUGGUAGAAAAUGUAUGAAGGUCUGAGAAGGAAAGAGGAGAGAGAGGUAGAGUAUACAAGAACAGGUGGGAGUCUCCAGGAGGGCUCCCUGGGCACACCAUGAGGGAAGGGGCAGGAGAGGUAGAGUAGUAGUGUGGUAGAGGUAUCUCUGUCAGAGGUUCUGGUACAUAUACCAGCUCCUGUACAGUGUUUCGGUCAAAGGAGCACACCAGGGAUAGUAAGAUUAAAUAUUAAGUUCCUCCAGCCAGUUUGUUUUUCCAUGUUGAUUCUAUCAGUGAGUUUCUCUACAACUUUAUGUUCAGGACAUCUAUAGGUAGAGAUACCACCAAGGUCCAGCUGGAGCCAAAAGGUGCCCCACUAAAAAUGACUUCUGGGACACCCAACAUUUCUUGAAACUUCAAAACUAAAACAUUGAUGAGCAGGGAGGCCAGUGAGGGGUCAGUAGUUUAAAUAGUUACAGUUAUUUAAUAAAGUGAGAAUACAAAGUGUCAGCUGAUCACUCUCAGCCAAUGAAAUGAGUGUCAGUGCGCAGAAUUGAACGGAGUCAGCCCAGAACUCUUGUUUUGCGCUGGGUAAUGAUGCCCUAUACAGACUCCCAUAACCAUAACCACUUCAUAUAAUUACACGACAGCUAUGCAUCAUGUGAUUGAUUCCCGUUAGCGGAAAGAAAAGUACUAUGAGCCAGCAUUAAUAUUAAUUAUAUUGAACACAUUCAAUAAAUAAUAAUACAAGAUUGUUACCAAGUAGCAAAAUUAAAAAAGUUAAUUAAACUCACCUAAAAAAAGUGAGAAAAGCAAGUGGAAAGGCUGGUAAAACUUAGUGACACAGUGACAGCAAGUAGCGUGAUGUUUAAAGAAGGAUUUCCCAGGGCCCACGGCAGGUUACCCCCUUUCUUUCUUCGCAAAUUCAUAGUUCUGGGGUUUUAUAUAAACAAGGAUGAGUACUCUUGUUAUCAUACGAUCGGUUCUACAUUAUGAAACAUAAAUCAUUAAAAAAAACAAAGUAAAAAAUAAACAAAAAACCCACCCCACUUGUGCCAUGUGUUUUUGGAAGAAAUAUUGGAUUUAUUUUUUCCCAUGAUCCUUGUAUAUUGGCAUUGCUGCUGAACAGCGUGCAGUGAAAUCCUCAAUUAACCUCCUUGGUGUGAAAGGAUCUUAUUUUUGGUGGAGUGUGUGGAAGUGAGACGCAGAAUGAUUUAAUCUGCGCGGCAUUGAGUUUCCCAAAAUGACAUCAGAUUUACAUUGUAUAAAUAUUUAUAGAAUGUUUUCAUGAGAGCAAGAAAAAUAUCAAACGUUAAAAGGUCGUAAUGUAUAAACGUAACGAGAUCCUUUAAUUAGCCUUCUAUAUUUAUAUCACCCCCGUAUUCUAACUCUCACCCACUGGAAAUGUAGUCACGCAGCAGGAAACGCAAAUACGCCAAUAUUUCCAAGAAUGGGAGAAGAUAAAUAUUUAUAGCAAGUUUGGGCAGAAAGGGAUUGCUCCCACCAAAAUCAGAUCAUCUAUUAUAGCGGUAUUAUUAGGAAUACGUUGUAACAUUAAGAGGAAAUUUUAUAUUAAAAAGAAAAAAAAACACUUUAUAUGUAAACUCUUCCAAGCAUACGGAAUACUUAACAGUGACUGUGGCUUUCAAUAUAGUGUCGUAUUUAGCCCAGAAUUUCAUAUGGCUCCUGGCAUAAAAAUUAUUUUUUUUUUGUUUGCUUGUCCAACUAUGCUAUAUUAGACAUUUUUUUCCCCUAAUUCUGCUCUUAUAGUUCACAUUUUGUACGUUUCUGUGAACAUACAUCAUUAUUACACGCAGGGAUCCCUGCCACAGUCACAUGCUAUGUACAUAGAGUACUGCAAGGGUUAAUUUAAUGUACACAGUGUGCUCUGGGUGUGCCAGGACAAGUCUGCCACGUACAUUUAAAAAUAGAAAUAACCGUGAAUUUAAAAAGAACACAACUUACAGCUACAGGGUUAGUCACGAUGGCCAGAACUGCCAGGAAUUCAGAGUUUAUAUUUAAUUUCAGGCACAAAUAGCUGAGCUGAAAACAGAAUUCACCUAGAGAAUUUUUCUAAUUUAGCUAUAUCGACCUAACUUUUCAAAAUCACUUUGAAUUCCCAGAAAUUCUCACUAUAGGGAAUAACCCUCUUAGUUUUUGCGUUCACAAUCCAGUUGUUCCAAAAAAAACUUAAAGAAAAAAAAAAUCACACGUGAUGGUCUACCUUUAUUAAUAGUGGAUUCUCCAGUGCGAAAUACUAGGCAGAUCAAAGCCGACAAAGGACUUUCAAAGUCAGCAGACGUGAUAAAUCGCUAACUUUUUGGUCUUGAGACUGAAUACCGGACUCAACAUUUCAUUCCACUGGGCGUGUAAUCUCACAGUUUAGUAAAUAAACCUCUCUUAAUACUUCAGCUCUUUGAUACAGCUCCAUCUGUGUUAUACGUGACUCCUCCAUCUAUAAAACGGUCUGUAUAGAGUGCUACCUUCUUCUUUUUGGGAUUUAUUUUGACAAGUUUUUAUUGAGGGAUUACUGGACAAUUAAAGUCCUCAAGUAGAUGGGAUUUAAAAAAUAAAUGGUCUGAAAGAAUUCUAGAUAUGCAUGUAAAACCUGCGGGGCAGUCCGUCUGGUUUUCGGAGGUAGUUUGUCUGGUUUUUAUAACUGCCAGGUAGGUUUAGAAAAAGCAGGUACUGAGACUUACACAGCUGAUACACUCGACAGUUGUCAAAUCAUAGCUGCAUCUUAAUGGUGUCGCUAAUUAUUUUCCAUUUCACACAGUGAAGAGAAACACUGAGGUCUGAGUGGUUUAUUGUACAAGAUACCUGUGUGAUGUCCAAGGGAGAAUCAAUACAAGAUCGGAACAAGGGCAUGCCUUACUCACAAUGUAUACAAUAUUUGGGUUACGUAAUCGGACAUAUAUUACAAAGCAGAAUUUAUUGAUGCGCAGUUCCAAUUUGGUAUUUAACCACCUAUUGUAAAAAAAUACAUUAUUUAUAAAUAACUUAAAUCUGAUACAGCAUUUCUAUUUAAAAUCUUUAAAUAUAUUUUGGGACGAUAUACUAUAAGCCCUCCUGUACAUCAUUCUCGCACUUUGUACACAUCUUUCAUUGACACUCACUUAUUAGAACUCACACAUGAUGGCCUUGAUUUAAUAUUGUUAUAUAAAAUUUUAAAACUAUUUAAUAUUUUUGAAUAAAAACUUUUAAAGUAAUUUAAUAUUAUGAAACAUUUUAAAUUGUAUGAUUUAUAUAUAUAUAUUGUUUAAAAGAGUAUAUUUUAUAAUAUUUAAAUGUAUUGAAAAAUAUAACAUUUUAAAGUUUACCCAAAAAGAUUAAGUUAUUUGAACAGCCUAUCCAACAACAGUAUCUUGAGGCCAUUCCCAAAAAAACAAAACACUUUUAGGCAAACUCCACAAAUUCAGGGUUUAGUUUGUAAUCUGUUCACAGCUUGCCCUCUUAUAUUUUUCAUCCAGUGAGGAUACAGACAGAAUUCACAUCGCGGUCAGUGACCAGAACAUCUGCAAAAUGUUUUACACGUACAUUGGAACCUCUCUAAAUAUAUUUUGCGCAGAUGGAAGCUGAUAAUUAAUUUGAUAAUUUUAUGUAUCGGGGCUUUGUUCAUGGGGCUGUCAUAUAAAAUGUGUGUUUUUUUUUUAUUCCACUAGGCGACCAGAUGAACCCCCACUGGACCGUGGAUUUAUCCCCUGGUUGGGUCACGCGCUGGAAUUCGGAAAAGAUGCUGCCAAGUUCCUGUCACAAAUGAAGGAAAAACAUGGAGAUAUAUUCACAGUAAGUAUCGCUUCAUCACGUUAUGGUUAUCUUGAGCGCCAUUAGUUAUGUCUUGUCGAUCAGUGGAAAAUAUUUGGCUUUGUAUGGGAGUGAAUUUAAUUUAACUGAUUUACAGUAACUAGCGAAGCAUAGUUAUCUGAAAACCUUUGCUUAUAAAUCUAGUUCUGAAACUGCCGGGGAUUCGAAAUGUGACUCAAAAUAAUUCCCACCUGACCCAAGAUAAUUCUCACAUUAUUCAGAAGAACCAAACCAGUAGGAGUUAGUUCUCUAAACUGGGAAGUGGUGGGAAGAAUUGACAAACGCAUAGCAAGGUAUCGGCUUAUUCAAUAACCCUACAGGGACCGAGUAUUAUGUUUGCUUUGUUUAAAAAGAGUCUCCUGUAUUUACUGCAAACACAUUGAUUUACAGCUUCCACAGUGAACAUUAAAAAGGAGAACAUUUUAUUAUUAUAAACUUUAUUAAUGUUUUAUCUGUGUAAAAAUGUAUGGUCAACGCCAGAGCAUGCAUCACUUAGAAAACCAUAACUACUGAACCGUAUUCCAAUAGUGUAUCAGAAUUAGACGAUUGUAAACCUGCGCCUUCUGUAUUUAUCCACGCAGCCAUCGCUGACCGUUUGACCCAUUUGUUUAUGUGCGUUUAUAACAGAUAAUAAGAGAAAUAGCCGGUAUACAGAGACAUAACACAUCCCACAUAGCAGACAUGCAUUAGACACAACACACGCCAACUUGUUUUGUAUAUAAACAUUGCUUUUAGUGUAUAUAGUCGUAUUCUAUAUACAUCAUUUACUACUUUUUUUCCUGGCCACUUAUAUGUAGCGUAUCCCAGUACAACUCUGUCCUGCAAUGCUGGGAUUCUACAUUAACUCGCCUGUUGGACAGAGUUACAUCUCUGACGCCCUUACCUGCUCCAAUAUAUCAAUAGAUUAUCUGUAACUUGCUUCUGAUUUGGAGGAAACAAGAAUCAGGAAGUAUCUUUCUCACUCACUUACCUCUGUGAAAAGAAAUAAUGCAUCUAUGUAGCAGAAUGAAAAUGAGGAUAUCUAAAAUGGAAAGAGAAUACACAUUUAUAGUGAGCCACCCGCCUAUUGGGAUGUCUGAUGUCUGACCCUGGCUGCGGGGUAGAAAGCCCCAGUAUGAACUACAGCAGCAUCACUGGCAACAGAAUGGACACUGCCUAUUGGGUGGGAUUCGGAAACAAACACAGUGUGCUGUGGAGUUAUGUAACACACUGACAAUGUACCAACUGCUGUCAUUGGAACUCUCUGAUUGCCAAAAUAUCCUUUACAUCUAGAAACAUUCCAGUUUAUUCUUCCUGGUAUAACAUUUUAUAAAUAACAAUUUAACAAAAAACAAAAAAAAGUUUCUCUAAAUGUCAGAUUUUACAACUGUCGAUUAAAGAACAGUUCACACAUAAAAAUACAGUUUUAAAUGUUAAAAAUGGGAAUUCAGUUCCACCAUACGGUCAUAUUGUGUUAAGCCCACCACUACUUCACAGUACCCCAAUAUCGGUGGGUCCUACACUGAUUACAUCACAGUACCCCAAUAUCGGUGGGUCCUACACUGAUUACGUCACAGUACCCCAAUAUCGGUGGGUCCUACACUGAUUACGUCACAGUACCCCAAUAUCGGUGGGUCCUACACUGAUUACGUCACAGUGCCCCAAUAUCGGUGGGUCCUACACUAAUUACGUCACAGUACCCCAAUAUCGGAGGGUCCUACACUAACUACAUCACAGUACCCCAAUAUUGGUGGGUCCCACACUAAUUAUGUCACAAUACCCCAAUAUCGGUGGGUCCUACACUAAUUACAUCACAGUACCCCAAUAUCAGAGGGUCCUACACUAAUUACGUCACAGUACCCAAAUAUCGGUGGGUCCUACACUAAUUACGUCACAGUACCCAAAUAUCGGUGGGUCCUACACUAAUUAUGUCACAGUUCCCCAAUAGCGGUGGGUCCUACACUAAUUAUGUCACAGUACCCCAAUAGCAAUGGGUCCUACACUAAUUACAUCACAGUACCCCAAUAGCGGUGGGUCCUACACUAAUUACGUCACAGUACCCCAAUAGCGGUGGGUCCUACACUAAUUAUGUCACAGUACCCCAAUAGCAGUGGGUCCUACACUAAUUACAUCACAGUACCCCAAUAGCGGUGGGUCCUACACUAAUUACAUCACAGUACCCCAAUAGCGGUGGGUCCUACACUAAUUACGUCACAGUACCCCAAUAUCGGUGGGUCCUACACUAAUUACGUCACAGUACCCCAAUAUCGGUGGGUCCUACACUAAUUAUGUCACGGUACCCAAAUAUCGGUGGGUCCUACACUAAUUACAUCACAAUACCCCAAUAGCGGUGGGUCCUACACUAAUUAUGUCACAGUACCCCAAUAGCGGUGGGUCCUACACUAAUUACAUCACAGUACCCCAAUAUCGGUGGGUCCUACACUAAUUACGUCACAGUACCCCAAUAUCGGUGGGUCCUACACUAAUUACGUCACAGUACCCCAAUAUCGGUGGGUCCUACACUAAUUACGUCACAGUACCCCAAUAUCGGUGGGUCCUACACUAAUUAUGUCACGGUACCCAAAUAUCGGUGGGUCCUACACUAAUUACAUCACAAUACCCCAAUAGCGGUGGGUCCUACACUAAUUAUGUCACAGUACCCCAAUAGCGGUGGGUCCUACACUAAUUACAUCACAGUACCCCAAUAUCGGUGGGUCCUACACUAAUUAUGUCACAGUGUCCAAAUAUAGGUGGGUCCUACACUAAUUACAUCACAGCACCCCAAUAUCGGUGGGUCCUACACUAAUUAAGUCACAGUACCUCAAUAUCGGUGGGUCCUACACUAAUUAUAUCACAUUACCCCAAUAUCGGUGGGUCCUACACUAAUUACAUCACAGUACCUCAAUAUCGGUGGGUCCUACACUAAUUAUGUCACAGUACCCCAAUAUCGGUGGGUCCUACACCAAUUACAUCACAUUACCCCAAUAUCGGUGUGUCCUACACUAAUUACAUCACAGUACCUCAAUAUCGGUGGGUCCUACACUAAUUAUGUCACAGUACCCCAAUAUCGGUGGGUCCUACACCAAUUACAUCACAGUACCCCAAUAUCGGUGGGUCCUACACGAUUACGUCACAGUACCCCAAUAUCCGUGGGUCCUACACCAAUUAUGUCACAGUACCCCAAUAUCAGUAGGUCCUACACCAAUUACAUCACAGUACCCCAAUAUCGGUGGGUCCUACACGAUUACGUCACAGUACCCAAUAUCCGUGGGUCCUACACCAAUUAUGUCACAGUACCCCAAUAUUGGUGGGUCCUACACAAAUUCCAACAUGGGAGACAAAUUAAAUAGUGCUAAAUAGUGCUAAAUAUUUAAUUAAUCUGUUGUAAGAGACAGAUGGGGAUCUACCUUUUGGCCACUUUUGGGCCCAAAAUGAUUUCUUGCGCCAGGGUCCUCUCUACAAUUCAUGGUUUCCGUGCCAAGUUACAAUGACUCGGGUUCCCUCUAAGCAUUAUUAUUUUUUUUUUUUUUUUACACGUCCAGCAAUGAAACAGAAAGAUCCCCCAUUGCAGUUUGCUCUGAGGAUCGUAUCUUAAACACUGAGCCAACAAGACUUAGAAUGUUAAAGGUACGAUAGUGUCAGGCUCAGACUCCAUAGAACCUUCUACAAAUCUCUAUAACAAAGGCUUGACGGCUGGAUAUAAAGUGGAUCUUUAAGCUACACACAUGGAUAGACGGUGGUUUAAAUGCACACUUUGAAGUGGCCUGCUUUGAACCAUUUAAUAAUAAUUACUAAAAUAUAUCACGCCAUUGUCCCUUCUUAUCUCUAGUUAUUUUCUUUGACAAUCUGCGUGUCCUGCUCACCAUAAUAAUUUGCAGUUCAGACUAUAGCUAUACUGCGUCGGCGUCCAUGGUGUGGAUGUCUGGAGCCGUUGUAGAUUAUAUCCUAUAAUCUACCUUUUGUGCUGUAAUCGGUCUAGGGAGUUUAUGAACACUCUUGAUUUUGUAAUUUUCUUAAAUUAAUAUUUGUGUAAUUUCCUUCCACUAGGAGUAUUAUUGCAAAAUAAUUGGUUAAGUAAAAAAAGCCGACUACGUAAAGUUAAAAGACAGAAUCUAUUAAACAGAAUUUUUUUUUAAAUUCUAGAUCUACUGCGAUAUUUAUCUGUAUUUGACGUGACAUAAACAGAGUUGUAUUAUUCACUAAUCUGUGAAUUAGGAAUUUACCAGGAAAAUGACAUAUUUAAGCCAAUAUACCUAAACUUGAAUUUAUCCUGUUACGACACGUACCAUCGGGUAGAUGAAGCCGCCGUUUAGGCAAUAAUCCCCUUCUCCAGAAAUGCAGUUUAAAUCCAGCCGAUCGCCAAACUCCCGAACGAAGUCCACGAACACGGCAACUCCCGAUCAGCCAAACAGUCGAACGCCUUCCACAGCUAGAAAUAACGAAAGCGCUGUCCCAGUAAUAAUUCCCCCCACAAACGAGACCAAGCUCCGUCUUGAGGGUCAAAUGAAGAUCUGUUUAAUGGGGGCUACCUGCCCGGUAUUUAUGCAGGUCUCCACAAGGUGGACACUCCCCGAGGGGACCUUGUGGAAGACUGUAACACAUAUUGGACAGUAGCCAAUCGCAGUGGCUUCAAUAAUAGCCCUUCCCAUCUUGCCCAUAAUUCCGUCUUCUGUACCUUGGAGAUAAUUGGGGAAGAAACCUAAUUAUCUCCCAAGGUAGAGACCAUCGCCAUCUUAAAUUACAGUAACAAAAAGACAUUAAAAUACAUAACUACAGAAAUACCGAAUGCAUAUGGUUCGUGUAACGUAUCCCCAGACAGCCUGGAUCCGAGGGCAUGUUUUCACCGAAUAGCGCUCAGAUCCGAUGUAUCUAGUCGAAUCGCCAUGGAGUCAAAGUCUUUCACCAGUCCUUCGGUAUACGAAUGACUCCAUGGGAUGGCUGUCGGGGUAAAAGUCCAUACGACUGAAUAAAACUCCCGAACGACCGACGUUCGCAUGCCUUGUCGAAAAGGAAGGAAAGCAGCAGCUUUUCAGCGGUGUUCGGUAGUUUAAGUGUCCGUUUUUAGUUCCAUACAGUUUGUACCGAACACCGCUCUGUGUUCGUAUGUCCCAAAAUGGCCGCUGCCUCGUGGUCGACAUGCGAACGACGACCACCCGUACGAAUGGAAUGGAGAGGUGUCUGCGGUUAACCACAACGUUCUAAUUGGGGCCAAGAGGUUAACCAGCAGCACACUCCUCUCCUGGGUGGUCGUUCGUUCGGUAGUUUCAAUCGGCAUUUUGCAAAUACACGAACGGGGGUAUAUGAACAGGCAAUUCCGCGAACAAAGGGAAACAGACGAACCAACAAUGCAGAUGAAUCUGUCACACGGCUCCCCCCUUGUGGGACACUCCGGCAGACCCGGCUUGACCCUUUAGCGGGUCAACGUGGGGAUGACCGGACUAAGAUGGGGUGAGGAUGUCGGUUUGCCUGGACAAUCCAUCUGCGUUCCCAUUCUGCUUACCGGGUCGAUAAGUGAUGGUGAAGUUAUAUGGCUGUAGUGCUAAACUCCACCUCAGCAGUCUGCCAUUGUCUCCAGAGACCCGGUUAAGCCAGACAAGGGGAUUGUGGUCCGUCACAAGGGAAAAUUCCUGUCCAUAUAAAUACGGGCUUAGCUUCUUCAAUGCCCACACCAGGGCCAAACAUUCCUUCUCCACUGCCGCAUAACUCACUUCUCUGGGUAACAACUUUCUGCUGAGAUAUGCGACAGGGUGCUCUCCUCCAUCUUCCCCGACCUGGCUCAGCACAGCCCCCAGUCCAUACAUGGAAGCAUCUGUAUGGACGAGAAAACGUUUGUUAGGGACUGGGGCAGCCAGGACAGGGGCAUUCACAAGAGCAUGUUUGAGUGCUUGGAACGCAGCUUCACAAGCCGGAGACCACAGGACCUGCUUAGGAAGAUUUUUCUUGGUCAAGUCAGUCAGGGGUUUAGCAAUAGAGCUGUAGUCGGGGACGAAGCGUCUAUAGUACCCUGCUGUCCCUAGGAAGGCUAACACCUGGGUCUUGGUGAUAGGUGUGGGCCAGUUGGCAACUGCCUCUAUCUUGGCUGGCUCUGGCCUCUGGCUCCCACACCCUACUCUGUGACCCAGGUACUGCACUUCAGCCAUGCCUAAAUGGCACUUCUCUGGCUUCAAUGUCAGGCCAGCGGCCCGAAUCUUGUCCAGCACUACCCCUACAUGUACUAGGUGUUCUUCCCAGGACUCACUGUAGAUCGCAAUGUCAUCCAGGUAUGCACAAGCAAAUUCCUGGAAUCCAUCAAGAAGUCUAUCCACCAUACGCUGGAAGGUAGCCGGGGCAUUCUUCAUCCCAAAUGGCAUGACCUUAAAUUGGUACAGGCCAAAUGGGGUGACGAAGGCCGACUUGGGGAUAGCAUCCUCGGCCAGGGGAAUCUGCCAGUAGCCUUUGCACAGGUCUAUGGUGGUCAGAUAGCGUCCCCUGGCAAUGCGAUCUAGCAAUUCGUCUACCCGAGGCAUCGGGUAGGCGUCAGUGGUGGUCCGCUCAUUGAGACGCCUGUAGUCCACACAGAACCGGGUGGUCCCAUCCUUCUUGGGCACCAGGACUACAGGCGAGGCCCAAGGGCUAUCGGAGUGUUCGAUGACCCCCAGCUGGGUCAUCUCCUGUAUCUCCUUCCGCAUUCCUUCCCGGACUGCUUCAGGGAUACGGUAAGGGGGUUGUCGCAGAGGGUUCUGUCCAGGGGUUUCUACCUUGUGUACAGCUAGGGUAGUGUAACCAGGUUCUUGGGAGAAGGUCGCCUGCUUUUCCCACAAAAGCUGUCUUGCCUGGCCCUUCUCGGUAGCGCUCAAUCUGUCCCCUAGCUGUACUAGGCUAGUAAGAUCCGUCUGGGGGUCCCUCUCUAACAGGUCUGGCAAGGGUAAACUUUCUGUAUCAUCUGCAGCAGGGGCACAUACUGCAGCGACAUUCUCCGGUCUCUCCUGAUACUCCUUUAGCAUGUUCACAUGGAAGGAUCGCUGGAUCCUUUCAUCUGAACAGCUGGCUAUAAGGUAGGUAGUAUCACAUAUCUGUGCUAACACCUUAUACAGGCCCUGCCAAGAUGCCUGCAUCUUGUUCGCCUUCACAGGUUUGAGCACUAGUACUUUCUGCCCAACCUGGAAAACUCGCUGUCGGGCACCCCGAUCGUACCACCUCCUCUGUCUCCCCUGAGCCACCUGGAGAUUCUCCCUUACCAUUAGGGACAGUUUCUCCAUGCGGUCCCGGAGUUCCAGAACAUAUGGUACUAUGGGGGUCCCUUCCUGCUCUGUCUCCCCCUCCCAGUGGCCUCUAAUGAGAUCUAGGGGUCCGCGGACCCUUCUCCCAUAUAGCAACUCAAAGGGGGAGAACCCAGUAGAUUCCUGGGGCACCUCUCUGUAGGCAAACAACAGAUGAGGCAGGAAUCGCUCCCAGUCUCUGCAAGUGUCAGAAAAGGUCCUCAGCAUCUGUUUGAGGGUGCCAUUAAAUCGCUCGCAGAGACCGUUAGUCUGUGGAUGGUAAGGUGAGCUAAGCAGCGGUUUAAUACUGCACACCUUCCACAGUUGCUGGGUGAGCACAGCGGUGAAUUGGGUUCCCUGGUCAGAGAGAAUCUCCUGAGGGAACCCGACUCUGGUAAAAAUCCUAACCAGGGCAUCAGCAACUGUCUCUGCCUCUAUAUUAGACAGCGCUACUGCCUCUGGAUAGCGAGUGGCAUAAUCCACCACGGUGAGAAUAUAUUUCUUACCGGAUGGACUAGCCCUGGCCAGUGGACCCACAAUGUCAACGGCUAUGCGGGCAAAGGGCUCCCCAAUGAUAGGCAUAGACAUAAGCCUAGCUCUUGGGUGGUCCCCCCGCUUUCCUAUCCGUUGACAUGUGUCACACGUACUGCAGUAUGUCCGCACAGCCUGAUUGAAGUUUGGCCAAAAAAAGUUCUGCAUGAUCCUAUAAGCUGUGCGGCAGGAACCUAGAUGUCCAGCUAACGGAACAUCAUGCCCUAUCCGCAGAAUCUCCUGCCGGUAUUUCGCGGGCACUACCAGCUGUCGAUUCGGCGGAGGGGCAACACUCUUCGGGGAAAGCUUGGGGAUCCUAUACAACCUGUCCCCCACCCACUCAUACCGUUCCCCAUCUAAUCCUUCCUCUCCAGUAUCUGCUCUGUCCCUAUACUUCUGGAGGGUCGAAUCUGUCUGAGUUUCCCUCCCAAACUCCUCUGGGGAAUCCCAGUUAACAAAGGUCUGUGCUAUGGUACCAGUCGGGGACUGCUACCUGGGUCUCAGCAGCAGGUGGGCUGGUUCCAGCAGCACAGGUCUGGGCACGGGUAGUCACUGGGUUGAUAGCGGCAGGUCCCAUUGGAGCAUAAGCGGACACCAAAGGGGCCAAGUCAUUCCCAAGCAAAACAUCGGCCGGUAAGUCUUUCAUGACCCCCACAUUCACGUGUCCAGAGCCCACCCCCCAAUCCAAGUGAACCCGGGCAACCGGUAAACGGAACACUGCACCUCCCGCCACCCUCACUGCCACAGUAUCUCCAGUGUGCUGGUGUUCGGAAACAAGGUUCUUUUGGAGCAAAGUCAUAGUGGCUCCGGUGUCUCUCAGACCAAUUACUGCUUUGCCAUUCAGUUUAACGGUCUGUCUGUGCUGUUGACGGUUAUCCUGCUGCGCUGCUUGUACUGGAUCUGCCUCAUGUAGUAUACCCCAAAAUUCCUCCUGCUCAAGACAGUGAGCGGAAGGUGGAGGUGGCUGCUGAUUUCCGCCGGCUGGUCUUCUCCACGACUGGGCUUGGCUUGAAUUGUUUAAUGGGCACUCGGGUCGCUUGUGCCCCAACUGCUUACACCCAUAGCAACGGAUCGGCUGUGAGUAAUCCCGGGCGUUGAACCGGGCUGGCUGAACGUAAUUGUUCGCUGUUGGCAUGGUGGGGGUGCGUUGUGCUGGGUGUUGAUACACGGCAGAGGUUGAAGGAGCUGCUGGUUUGUACUCCACUCGGGUAGGGACCUUGGCUGCUGUCUGGUCCAGUUUCCUGGCGUCAGUGUACUCAUCAGCCAGACGAGCAGCUUCGGGUAAGGUAGCGGGUUUGCGGUCCCUAACCCACUCUCUGACUCCUACAGGUAAGCGGUCAAAACAGUGCUCCAACAAAAACACUUGCAGCACCUCUUCCCCAGUUACCGCUUGGCACCCUGCCAUCCAGUGGGCUGCGGUGCGGUGCACUCGGCAUGCCCACUCAACAUAAGAAUCACCAGCCUGCUUGUUAGUGUCCCGGAAUCGCCGCCGGUAUGCCUCCGGGGUCACAGCAUAUCUGGCCAAAAGGGCAUCUUUCACUGCCCUGUAGCUGGUAAGUUCCUCCUCUGGGAUGGCCCGAAACGCCUCACUGGCCCGGCCGGAUAACUUCCCAGAGAGGAUGGGGACCCAUUCUCCUGCGGGUACCUGGUGUAAGGCACAUUGCCUUUCAAAAUCCGCCAGGAACCCAUCGAUUUCUCCUUCGGCUUCUACAAAGUUCCGAAAUGCAGCAAAAGGUACUUUUCUCCUUCCAUUAUUAUUAUUAUUAUAAGGUACCUCAGCUGCUGCAGCGCCUCUUCCUUGAAGCGCCUGUUGUGCUGCUACUGCUGCUUGCACUUGCACCACAAUAUCUGCUGCGGGGUUGGGGCCAAAAUGUGCCAGCCUGAUCUGAACUGCCCGGUUAAACUGUAUCUCCUCGGGUGUUAACUCCAGUAUGCCAGGCACAUUCGCUCCCCCCGCUCCCUGUGCUGCAUCCAUUUCCAAUAGUAUCGAAAUAAUCUCUCUUUUCUUGAGAUUACUCGCUGAUCGUCCUCUGCGCUCCAAUAUAUCUUUAAGGGUAGCACGCCUUAACUCCUCAUACUGCAUUUCCAACCUGGGAUGUGUAGCUGGCCUUCUGGGCUGUAGGAUUCAUCCCGUCGCUUGCCACCAAUUGUUACGACACGUACCGUCGGGUAGAUGAAGCCGCCGUUUAGGCAAUAAUCCCCUUCUCCAGAAAUGCAGUUUAAAUCCAGCCGAUCGCCAAACUCCCGAACGAAGUCCGCGAACACGGCAACUCCCGAUCAGCCAAACAGUCGAACGCCUUCCACAGCUAGAAAUAACGAAAACGCUGUCCCAAUAAUAAUUCCCCCCACAAACGAGACCAAGCUCCGUCUUGAGGGUCAAAUGAAGAUCUGUUUAAUGGGGGCUACCUGCCCGGUAUUUAUGCAGGUCUCCACAAGGUGGACACUCCCCGAGGGGACCUUGUGGAAGACUGUAACACAUAUUGGACAGUAGCCAAUCGCAGUGGCUUCAAUAAUAGCCCUUCCCAUCUUGCCCAUAAUUCCGUCUUCUUUACCUUGGAGAUAAUUGGGGAAGAAACCUAAUUAUCUCCCAAGGUAGAGACCAUCGCCAUCUUAAAUUACAGUAACAAAAAGACAUUAAAAUACAUAACUACAGAAAUACCGAAUGCAUAUGGUUCGUGUAACGUAUCCCCAGACAGCCUGGAUCUGAGGGCAUGUUUUCACCGAAUAGCGCUCAGAUCCGAUGUAUCUAGUCGAAUCGCCAUGGAGUCAAAGUCUUUCACCAGUCCUUCGGUAUACGAAUGACUCCAUGGGAUGGCUGUCGGGGUAAAAGUCCAUACGACUGAAUAAAACUCCCGAACGACCGACGUUCGCAUGCCUUGUCGAAAAGGAAGGUAGGCAGCAGCUUUUCAGCGGUGUUCGGUAGUUUAAGUGUCCGUUUUUAGUUCCAUACAGUUUGUACCGAACACCGCUCUGUGUUCGUAUGUCCCAAAAUGGCCGCUGCCUCGUGGUCGACAUGCGAACGACGACCACCCGUACGAAUGGAAUGGAGAGGUGUCUGCGGUUAACCACAACGUUCUAAUUGGGGCCAAGAGGUUAACCAGCAGCACACUCCUCUCCUGGGUGGUCGUUCGUUCGGUAGUUUCAAUCGGCAUUUUGCAAAUACACGAACGGGGGUAUAUGAACAGGCAAUUCCGCGAACAAAGGGAAACAGACGAACCAACAAUGCAGAUGAAUCUGUCACAUAUCCCAUUCACUUAAUUUUGCCUAAAAAUUUGCGUUUUCUAGUCCGUUCCCUACAACUCACUGCUGAGCGAAUAAUCUGGCAAAUUAAGUGGUUUUUGUUGUGUGUGUUUUGUUUACUUUGUCCAAAUGUCCUGUUUUUGUUUGUACAGAAGAUUAUUUUAAAAUUGUUAGAAUCAGUAAAAACCUUUUAUCUUUCCCAUUUUCUCAGACUAGAACUGCACAUCAAUUAUCUUUCAAUUAAACUAUCUGCAUUUGUGCCAUAAAUCCCACUGCUUACAUUAUCAGUGGCCUAUGAUUAAGCACCCAUAAAUCCCACUUUGCUCACCUUAUCAGUGGCCUAUGGUUAAGCACCCAUAAAUCCCACUUUGCUCACCUUAUCAGUAGCCUAUGGUUAAGCACCCAUAAAUCCCACGUUGCUCACCUUAUCAGUGGCCUAUGAUUAAGCACCCAGCUUAUGAAACUCAUUAAAUGUAAGUGAACUUGCAGUAAGAAUGAUGGUUUGGCCUGUAUGGAAUCUAACAUACGUGCGAUUUCUAUUCAUCUGUUGUAAGCUUCGCCACAGGUCCUUUGGAGCCUUCCAGUCAAUGUUCGUUCCCAUUCUAGUAAGGGGAUUAACAUCUAAACAGUAAGUUAAAGUGAUGUAGACAAUAAAAGACAAAGGGGAUGCAUUCUUUAACUGAACCCAAUUGCAUUCGUUUUAUAAUUACAAGUCAGAUUUUAUUGAAUGACCCCCUCAGUCUAAAAGAAUGUCAUGUUUGUAGAAUAGGAAUCUGUUUGUAUUUUCUAAGCUAGAUUUUAGAAAUCUAAUUUAAAUGGAAUUUUGAAAGCGCAUCAAAAAAAUGUUAUUUUUUGUACAUCAUUUUUUUCUAAAUAAAUUCCAGAUCUGAUCCCAUUCCCUUUUAAACUUGUUUAGUCAGAGUGUUUGGUUUUAAAGUCUUUGUAACUAAUCUGUUCCAUAUUUUUACAUCUUAGAACUAAAGAAUAAUGAGUGGAAAUCUGUGGCCAUGGGAUUUCUUAACAUGUGAAUGCGUUGGGAAUAUGACAGCACGGCUUAACUAGACUUUAAGUGUGAAUACUUCUAAAGCUGGCUGACAGUCACUGCUUGCAACAAGAGGAUACUGGUUUAAAUACAUUUCUGGUAACAAGGGUUUUAACAUACAGUUUGUUAGUUUUGGUAUGUUCAACACAGUCAGAAAAGGUUCACUCCAUCAAUAUAGCAAUUCAACAUUCCCUACUUCCAAGGUAGAUGAAAAAACUAAUAUUGAGUUGGGUAAUCUAAUUUAUUCUGCUACAGUUUCCAAUGCGUUUCGUUAAGCUUUUUACAAAUUAAUUUCUCCAUGAUACCAGACCCCUCAAAUACGACUUGUAUACAACUAUUAGUUAUCUUUCCUGGAGCGGUUGUUGUUUUUUUGGCAGAACAUGUCUGUUGGCGCUGUCCGUUGGAUCCAAUUAUAAUAGAUAAAUAAAAACAUUAGGAUUUAUUUUAUGCUUUCGUUUAAAGAGAUCAUUUUAAGAGAUUUUAAAAUCCUGAAUCGUGUGUUAAGGAAAAUCUUACCAUUGUAUCUUAUUAACCCUGUAAGGACCAAACCUCUGGAAUAAAAGGGAACCAUGACAUGUCACACAUGUCAUGUGUCCUUAAGGGGUUAAAGGACUGCAAAGCAAUCAGAUAGUCGGUUAUGAAAAUUAAACUCCUGCCGUCCAGCUACCUUGAAUCAGAACUUGGCAAGAUGGACAGUUUACUUCCAAAGGAGUCUUUGAAGUGUAAUAAUGAAUGCAUCAUUUCAAAAGUUACUUUAAGCGCAAUGUACACAAGGAUUUAAUCAUCUACAAAAUGCUACAGAAAACAACCAAAAAAAAGUCUGCUUUAGAGUGAAUCUAGACCUUUCCUGUUUAACAUUUCCAUAAGCAGUGGAUAUAUUAUUUAUUGUACAGAUAUAUGAUACAUUGUAUGACAUGCACAGCUAGCAAUUAAAUGCUUGCCUCCAGCUACGUUGCCGCCUUGAAUCCCAGAUUCAAACUAAUGUUACACACACCCUCUGUUCGAUUUACUCCCUGACUAUCUCUUAUCUGAUUGGUCUUAUCUGUUUAACGCAAAAACCACUGUGUAGAUUGUGGUGUGUGACUGGGUCCUCUUCCUAUAUUCCAUGGUACAGUGUUUGUAAUCUCACAGCUACUACAGAUCUAUCACAGUAGGUAUUGGAGCAAUGUACUAUGUACCUACUUUUACGUUGAGAAGAAACCCUACCUGCAAAUACCUAUAUAUUUGACACGUUAAUGUGUUUAUAUAUUAUUUAUGAGGAAAAGCAGUUAUUCUGAACAUCUGAAUGAUUAUUAUAGAUUCAUUGAUGACAUUUUCAUUAUUUGGUUAGACACACAAAUUGUCAACAAUCCCGAGAAGGUGUUCACUCCUUAAGAAACACCACUUCAUAGACAUCAAAAUUAGAGAAGGGACUCACCUCGGGUAUUGUUUAUAUCACAUACUCACCGACAUUUAAAGGAUUUAUUUUCUACGCACGGCUCCUCAGGUGAUUAAUCAGGAAUAAUUUACACAGGAAUAUGCGAGAUAUUGAACUGAAAUAAUUCUAUUUUCUGUAAAUGAUGAAUUAAUUUUUUUUUUUAAAAAGUAGCUUUGACUAAAGGCUCAGGAACACAGGAUAUCCACCAGAAAAGAAGGAUAAAUCAUUAUACCAAUUUCACGUUAUCAGUACCUCGGGUAGCACCAGAACUUUUUACAGCACUUGUAUUAACACAAUUCAUUAAAUAAGGGAAUUGCUCAGUUCCAGCCUGUACUGAAUCUUUUAAAUGGCCCUUCAGACCAACUGGAAGACUAUUUGUAGAAAACCAACAUUUUGUCUUUUAAAAGCGGUGAUUGUAAAGCUUCAAUGGACCAAGAUCCAUGAAAGAUGUCGGCACUUUGAUCCAAUCCGCUGUUAGCAAAGUUUUGAAAAUAUUUCUACCGAUCUCUGUUCUUUGUUAGAAUUUACAAGAAAGUUUUGAGCACGGAAACAUUGUAUGAGUUGACAUAUUCUUAAUCUAGAGCGAAAUGUCUAUCUCUGUCUGUAACUUUCGGUCAAUAUAUCUCCAUUGGGCAGAGAGAUUUAAGAACUUGAAAUCUUCUGCUGAAUUUCCUUCAUUCCAAAAAUAGAGAAAAAAAAAUAGUAUAUCAUUAAAUGGGAGGGAUUUAUCAAAGUGUUGUAACAUGAAGUGCAAGAAACUUAAAAAAAUUGAGAAAUUAUCAAUCUAUGGAACGUGAUUCCUAUGUCCACUGGUCUCCAAAGCAACAACCCUAUUUUUCUCGUUACAGCCCUUUCGCUAACCUCCCCCAAUGUGCAGUAAAUAUAGUUUUAUACGUUAUUAUAACAUAUCGUACCAUGGGGAGAGGGUGCAUACAAACAAGGGCAACUUGAUAUGUUUUUUUUUUUUUAGUCUAGAAAAGUGAGACAAAGUUCUAAAAUGGUGUAACGGUGAUUGCUCCACGUUUUGAACUGUGCUCAUUUUUAAUUUUUUACUUUCAUAAAUCUCCCAAACUCGAUCAUUUUAUUUAUCUUCUCCGUUUUUGCCACGAGUGGCGUACAAUAACAGAUGCAGUCAAGCAAAAAGUGCUGAAAAUUGGGGUAACAAACAAAUAAUUCCCCCCCCAUCCCCAAACAUUACAAUAUUCACAACUUGGCUAUUUGAUCUACAUUUUGUCAUUGAGUUUUCAAUUCACUACAGUUAAGCAACGAAACCAUUAAGAUUGUUCCUUCCUCUGCAUGACACAGUUACCCUUCUGUUGGUCUGUGCUGUGACCGGUCUCAGCCUACAGCGAUCCACCGUCAUUUACAGUUACUGCCGGAAUAAGUGGAUUUGGUUUGGUGUUUCCUGAGAUCUUGUCUGUUAGUGUACACACAGAAAGAGUCAUACAGUGUGUGUGUAUGGAGAACAUGUACCGUUUGUAUGUAUACGUGUGUAUGUAUGUGUGUGUGUGUAAUGUGCGGUGUGUAUGUAUGUGUGUGUGUGUGUGUAAUGUGCGGUGUGUAUGUAUGUGUGUAAUGUGCGGUGUGUAUGUAUGUGUGUGUGUAAUAUGCGGUGUGUAUGUAUGUGUGUGUGUGUGUGUGUAAUGUGCGGUGUGUAUGUAUGUGUGUGUGUAAUAUGUGGUGUGUAUGUAUGUGUGUGUGUGUAAUGUGUGGUGUGUAUGUAAUGUGUGGUAUGUAUGUGUGUGUGUGUAUAAUGUGCGGUGUGUAUGUAUGUAUAUGUGUGAUGUGUAUGCAUGUGUGUGUAUGUAAUGUGCAGUGUGUAUGUAAUGUGCGGUGUGAAUGUAUGUGUGUGUGUAAUGUGCGGUGUGUAUGUAAUGUGUGUAUAAUGUGCGGUGUGUAUGUAUGUGUGUGUGUAAUGUGGGGUGUGUAUGUAAUGUGUGGUAUGUAUGUGUGUGUGUAUAAUGUGCGGUGUGUAUGUAAUGUGUGUAUAAUGUGCGGUGUGUAUGUAUGUGUGUGUGUAAUGUGUGGUGUGUAUGUAAUGUGUGGUAUGUAUGUGUGUGUGUAUAAUGUGCGGUGUGUAUGUACGUAUAUGUGUGAUGUGUAUGCAUGUGUGUGUAUGUAAUGUGCAGUGUGUAUGUCUGUGUGUAGAUGUGUAACAUAUUUCUGCAUACAUUGCAUGUGUUUCUGUGUGUAUAUAAAUAGGGACAUGUACACACAUUACAUUGUGAGGACACUUGUUUGUCUAUGUAUCCAAGGAGAUGUGUCUGUGUGAAUGAAUUCUGUACACUGCAGCCGCUCUGUACCAUACACAUUUACCAUUCCUUAUCUUCUUGUCUCAUCAGUCAUACAUCACCAGCCACUCCUGGACUUCCAGAGUUAUAGAUCGGCUGUGACACACGGCCUGUAAUGUACACUUGUGAUGUUUAUAUUGGUUAUAUGUAAGUGGCUGCAAUGACAGCGCAUGCAGAGGUGGAUUAAUUCAGCAGUGAGUCACCUUCCCUGAAUGAAGGUUAUGUAACAUUAUAUCAUCGGAGUUUAAUGUAAUCGUAAUGCAAACUAUGAGCCAUAAUACAAAUAAACAAACAAAGAACUGCUAAUAUUUGGGAAGGAAUUGACAUUGCAUUAUGGAGACGGUUGACAGUGAAGUUUCGUAAUUCAUUGUUUCCGUGAUGUGAAAUAAGCAAGUUUUACAGUUCUUUAAAAAACUGUUUAUAUUUUUGCUUAAGCCAAAUAACCUGGAGCGCAUUCUAAGAUACGGUUUAAAAAAAAAUUAAAAACAUUUACAAGCUUAAAUGAUCUGUUGAAGCAAGAAUAAAGUCGUGUUUUGGGUGUAUCUUUUUAACCAUUGGCAACUUGGUAUUAAUUUCAGAAUAAACAGCCGGCUUGGAUGAAAUGUUUCACAUAUUAAAAUAAUGAGUCUCGUAUUAAGGCAGCUCAAAUCCCAUCACAAUUUUUUUUUUUUUUUUGUAAAUCUCUUCAUUUUGCAAGGGUUUAAGGUUACAGCAUUACAAUAAUUCACAGUUGUACAAUAAGCUUGGUACAAUACAAGUCAGAGCCAGUGACCCUGUACGGUGUUUCAAUCAUUAAAACUGCUAUUUGUUCUUCUUUUUUUUGUGUGUGUUUUUGUUUCUCAAAGCGUAGUUUUGUUAGUUGCGUAGGGUAUCUGAGUGUAACAUUGAGACUCGCAGGUCUCUGCAAUCAAAGUGUUUAUACAAUUCAAUAAUAUGCCGUGUGUACAGGUUGAAGGGAUAUCUAAGUGUUUACAAGUAUGGCGGCUUACUUAAUUCGGACUCCAAAGUGGCGUUGUUGGGUAUACAUUGCCGUGCGGAUAUGGUGGUGGUCAUUGGGUCGUGUUUCGUUACUGGUAAUAAACUUAGCAGAGAUUCACCUGCUUAUCUGUACUUGCUUUUCAGGUCAGGAUCCCUCUCUAGUCUAUUAUUGUGGUAAAUAGUUCCCGUGUGUUGGCUAAUAGUUUGUGUGGGAGAUGCCCUAGUCUCUAUUUCACUGAUGUGCUUGGCUAUGGGUAUUGUCGCCAAUCCUCGUGGCAGAGCCUGCGGUUCGCGUGGGUCCCUAGAACAUGUUUCACAUGUUAUUGUAUCCCAUCACAAUUUUAACAUUGACAAAAGUUUAACACAACUGAAUGCAUAGCUGACUUACAGACUUUUUUCCAGUUAAGCUAUUUUGACCUUAAAUUUAAAGUUUGCUUUCAAAUCCCGCUUAAAUAACUCUGACCGUUAUUAAAGGCUUUUUGAAGGAAGCAGGUAAGCAGUACAGGUAGUAAAGGCAGAAAGAAAAACGCAGUAAAGAAGGCUCGGGAUGUGUAUAAGGCUAACGCAGUAAAGGAAUAGAAGAAUGCUCGGGAUGUGUACAAGGAUAACACAGUUAAGGAAUAGAAGAAUGCUCGGGAUGUGUACAAGGAUAACACAGUAAAGGAAUUGAAGAAUGCUCAGGAUGUGUAUAAGGCUAACGCAGUAAAGGAAUUGAAGAAUGCUCAGGAUGUGUAUAAGGCUAACGCAGUAAAGGAAUUGAAGAAUGCUCAGGAUGUGUAUAAGGCUAACGCAGUAAAGGAAUUGAAGAAUGCUCAGGAUGUGUAUAAGGCUAACACAGUAAAGGAAUUGAAGAAUGCUCAGGAUGUGUAUAAGGAUAACACAGUAAAGGAAUUGAAGAAUGCUCAGGAUGUGUAUAAGGCUAACACAGUAAAGGAAUUGAAGAAUGCUCAGGAUGUGUAUAAGGCUAACACAGUAAAGGAAUUGAAGAAUGCUCAGGAUGUGUAUAAGGCUAACACAGUAAAGGAAUUGAAGAAUGCUCGGGAUGUGUAUAAGGCUAACGCAGUAAAGGAAUUGAAGAAUGCUCAGGAUGUGUAUAAGGCUAACACAGUAAAGGAAUUGAAGAAUGCUCAGGAUGUGUAUAAGGCUAACACAAUAAAGGAAUUGAAGAAUGUUCGGGAUGUGUAUAAGGCUAACACAGUAAAGGAAUUGAAGAAUGCUCAGUAUGUGUAUAAGGCUAAUACAGUAAAGGAAUUGAAGAAUGCUCGGGAUGUGUAUAACGCUAACACAGUAAAGGAAUUGAAGAAUGCUCAGGAUGUGUAUUAGGCUAACACAGUAAAGGAAUUGAAGAAUGCUCAGGAUGUGUAUAAGGCUAACACAGUAAAGGAAUUGAAGAAUGCUCAGGAUGUGUAUAAGGCUAGCGCAGUAAAGGAAUUGAAGAAUGCUCAGGAUGUGUAUAAGGCUAACACAGUAAAGGAAUUGAAGAAUGCUCAGGAUGUGUAUAAGGCUAACGCAGUAAAGGAAUUGAAGAAUGCUCAGGAUGUGUAUAAGGCUAACGCAGUAAUGGAAUUGAAGAAUGCUCAGGAUGUGUAUAAGGCUAACACAGUAAAGGAAUUGAAGAAUGCUCAGGAUGUGUAUACGGCUAACACAGUAAAGGAAUUGAAGAAUGCUCAGGAUGUGUAUAAGACUAACACAGUAAAGGAAUUGAAGAAUGCUCAGGAUGUGUAUAAGGCUAACACAGUAAAGGAAUUGAAGAAUGCUCAGGAUGUGUAUAAGGCUAACACAGUAAAGGAAUUGAAGAAUGCUCAGGAUGUGUAUAAGGCUAACACAGUAAAGGAAUUGAAGAAUGCUCGGGAUGUGUGUAUAAGGCUAACACAGUAAAGGAAUUGAAGGAUUUUUUCUUUUUAAAUCAUGUUAUUUUGAUAAUUAAGAGCAAUGUGAUUUUGACUGUAAUGAACAAUUCCUUUACUGUGUUAGCCUUAUACAUAUCCUGAGCAUUCUUCAAUUCCUUUACUGUGUUAGCCUUAUACACAUCCUGAGCAUUCUUCAAUUCCUUUACUGUGUUAGCCUUAUACACAUCCCGAGCAUUCUCCAAUUCCUUUACUGUGUUAGCAUUAUACACAUCCUGAGCAUUCUUCAAUUCCUUUACUGUGUUAGCCUUAUACACAUCCCAGGCAUUCCCUAAUUCCUUUACUGUGUUAGCCUUAUACACAUCCCGAGCAUUCUCCAAUUCCUUUACUGUGUUAGCAUUAUACACAUCCUGAGCAUUCUUCAAUUCUUUUACUGCGUUAUCCUUAUACACAUCCCGAGCAUUCUCCAAUUCCUUUACUGCGUUAGCCUUAUACACAUCCUGAGCAUUCUUCAAUUCCUUUACUGUGUUAGUCUUAUACACAUCCUGAGCAUUCUUCAAUUCCUUUACUGUGUUAGCCUUAUACACAUCCCGAGCAUUCAAUUCCUUUACUGUGUUAGCCUUAUACACAUCCUGAGCAUUCUUCAAUUCCUUUACUGUGUUAGCCUUAUACAUAUCCUGAGCAUUCUUCAAUUCCUUUACUGUGUUAGCCUUAUACACAUCCUGAGCAUUCUUCAAUUCCUUUACUGUGUUAGCCUUAUACACAUCCCGAGCAUUCUCCAAUUCCUUUACUGUGUUAGCAUUAUAAACAUCCUGAGCAUUCUUCAAUUCCUUUACUGUGUUAGCCUUAUACACAUCCCAGGCAUUCCCUAAUUCCUUUACUGUGUUAGACUGACACAGUAAAGGAAUUGAAGAAUGCUCAGGAUGUGUAUAAGGCUAACACAGUAAAGGAAUUGAAGGAUUUUUUCUUUUUAAAUCAUGUUAUUUUGAUAAUUAAGAGCAAUGUGAUUUUGACUGUAAUGAACAGUGUGAAUAGAAGGGCUGAAUGUGUUGUAACUAUAUGUCUAUAUAGCGUACGUUGCAGUAUUUAAUAAUGGUUACUUUCUUUCAAUCUGUUUUAAGGUCCAAGUUGCUGGAAGAUUUAUCACUGUGCUGUUGGACCCAAAUUCUUAUGAUGCUGUUGUUUGGGAAUCACAGAGCCGUCUCGAUUUUGGCAAAUACGCCAAGGUUUUAAUGGAGAGAAUGUUUGAUGUUAAUUUGCCAAACUACGACAUGACGGCAGAGAAAGCUGUAUUAAAAAUGUAAGUGAGUUUACUUUCAAUGAAUCUUUCCAUUACCAUUUCUCACCCAUAACCCUGAAUGGUGAGACCAGGAAAUAUCACUCAGCUCGUUGCAAUUGUCAUCUCAGUGAAUACCAGAGGGUGUCAAACAGUUGCCACACUUUGUGGUUUAACAAAAAGCUGAAAUCACAGUCAUAGCGUGCGGAGAAAUAUUUUAUUCUAUAUAUCAUAAAAAAGUGAGGCUUUAACUAUAGGAACAUGCUCUCAACUCUAGCAGAUACUUUUGCCCUUCUUAAUUACAGUCUGUACUCUGCUUCACACUUUAUACAAUUUAAAUAUCUGAAGUUUUGAUAGGGUAACAGGUGUCUGAUUUGUUUAUAUUUUUAGUUUGUUUGUUUAAAAUUAGGUUUGAAACAAUACCAGCUAUUUUUCCAAACACACGGGAGAAUUAAUACAGGGAGGGAUAAUUAUUUAAAAUGACUGCACUGUAUAGUUUGACGGGUAUCAGAUACUCAGAGCCGCCAUUUGAUAGUUUAUGUAUAACAUUAGCAAUGUGAAUGCCCCACUAUAUAGAUCAAUACUGUGUAUCAUGUACAGAAUGAGUGCAGUUAGAAAACUUGCUACAUUUGAGAGAAUAGACCCUGUGAUUGCUGCGAUUAUCCUGCCUGGAUGUAAAGCGUAUUUAUUAGAUUUAGGUUAUGUGCCGAAUGUUACAUUCCAAGGGCUUUAUUGAUAAAAAAAAAAAUUUAAAAAGGGAAUUUAAAAAUAAAAUAAAAUUUGAAACAAUUUUAGAAGUUCAGCUACAAUGAUUAAAAUUUUACAGCGUAACUAAACCGAUUAAAUUUAUUUCAGUUUAAUAAAUUAAUAAAGCAGUUUCUAUCUGGAAAUCUUUUUCCAGAAAAAUACAUUUUCAUAAAUCUUGAUAUUUAUUUAUCAUCAUUUUAAGAUCCCAAUUCCAUUUCCUUUUUUUUUUAAAUCCCGUAAAUCUCUAUACUAUAAACAUUGAAUGCUCCGGGCAUGAUCAGUGAAACUCAUUUCUUUAAAUAUAAAAGUUAUGUAUAAAAUAAACGGAGGUCAGUACAUUUUGGCAACGCAGUAGAGGAGACAGGUCAUUUAUAAAGAUUUGUAUAAAGUCUGAUUCAUUUCCUGUCCCUUGCUGGUCACCUAACAACAUAAUCUUAGUGUUUACUUGGUGUUUUGGGUUAUCACACUAAUUAGUUGCUGCUAUGUUAAAUAUACGAGGCCUGUCUGGAAAGGUAUCCAGCCGUGUAAUAUGAAAAAUAGAGACAUUUAUUGAAGGAGAUACAAGAUAUAUUGUACAUAGGACAAUGACGCCUCAGUCCCCUCUAAAGUUGGCACCUUGUGAUCUCACACGUUUUCCCAGAGUCUCUUCCACUAUUCAAAAAACUCAGCAAAAUCCUUUGUUGGUAUCGCCAUUAGCUGCCUCGUCAUAUUCAGGUGAAUCUCAUCAACGGUCUGAAAUCUCUUCCCGUUCACAGCGCCAUUUUUACUAUUAUUUGUGUUAUAUUAACAAUUUAAACAAAUUUUUCCAGGAAUCGUGUUCUGUGAUAUCACCAGUAUUGCUUCAUACAACCAUUUCUCUCCUUUCUCGUCCCAUUGUAGUAUAUAUUAUAAAGAGGGAAAUUCGGGUACAUACCGGUGGAUAUACACAUCAGUGGGGGUGCAUUCCCCUUUAACAAAACUGUUUCUGUUUUAAUUCACAGACACCUGCAAAACACAAAUCUACCCAGCCUGACAAAGUCUAUGUUUUAUAAUCUGAACAAUAUAUUGGGAGACAAAAUGUCCUCGGCUGCUGAAUGGAAGGCGGAAGGGUUAUUCGAUUUUACUUACAACGUGAUGCUCAGGUAUGCAGAGAAAUUUCUAGAACAUUCUGAGAUGUGCAGACAAAUUGCUGAUUUAAAACAGCCCAUUUGGUUACAAAGUAUCUAGUUUAAGGGAGCACUUAACAUGUAUUCCUGACCCUAUAGAGUUAAAAACACCAUCUAGUCCCCUCCCCUUCCCCCACUCCACCAUAAAUAUAGUAAAAUCUUACUUUUAUUCCAGUCUACAGCUCCUGGAUUCUCCCCUGACCUGUCUGCUUGGCUGACAAAAUCAGAAGUGGUGAUCUCAGCCAAUCACAAUGCUUUCACAUAGGAAAGCCCCUAGGCUGAGAAUGUCAAGGAGGCAGAUCAGGGGCAUAGCCUGCACAAGUCAAACACAAGUCAAUCCUCAUAGAGAUACAUUAAAUCAAUUCAUCUCUAUGAGGGAAGUUCAGUGUCUGCAUGCAGAGGGUGGAGACACUGAAUAUCAGUCACACUGUGCAGCACUGCCCCAGGAAGCACCUCUAGCAGCCAUCCGAGGAGUGGCCAGUGGAGGUGUUACUAGGUUGUAAUGUAAACACUAAAUUUUCUCUGAAAAGACUGUGCUUACAGCAUAAAUCCUGAAGGUAAUGGUUAUACUCACCAGAACAAAUACAAUAAGUUGUAGUUGUAGUUCUGGUGACUAUAGUGUCUCUAAGUGCAGAUACAAGCCAGAUCUGACCGGACUUUAAUGGAGAAUUAUAAGAGUUUAAAGAAAGAUUUGAGAACUCAAAGCAGAUGGAAAGAGAGCUCUGUAUAGGUUUUUGACAUCUGGGUUUGAAAGGUCUGUUGGCACCAGAAUUAUUCUUUUGUGUCGCCCUAUCCCCAAUAACUGUGUCUCUCUGCACCCCCAUCACAUUGUGGGAAGGGUUGCAUGCGCAUGCUCUGCUUAGUAUUCCCCGAGGAUCCCCUGGGUACGUUACUGGACUGAGAAUUGCUUUGCUAACAGGGUUUUCUCUAAUAAAUAAAAACCUGAGAAUGUUUCAAGUUGGAGCUUUCUCUAAAACAACCUAUUCUGUUUUGUCAGUUUUGACACAGUGUGUGGCUUGUUAUUAUAUAAUGUACACAUUCUGAUUUCAGAGCUGGGUAUCUCACACUUUUCGGCUCAGAGUCCGAUCAGUCGAAUUCCCACCGUAACACGGCGGACAUCCAGCAUUCCGAGGAGGUUUACAAAGAAUUCCGAAAACUGGAUUGUCUCCUGAUGAAGGCAGCACGCAACAUGUUAUCUGCAGGUAGAAGCAUAGCGUACUCCAUAUAACGAAUUGUACUUAUUACUACUGGUUCUACCUACAGGGAUUAGAGAUGGAAUAUCAGAGGGUGUGAAUAUUUCUGGGUGCCAAUACUUCUAAUAUUCACCACUCAUCUUUCCUGGUUAUCAAGUGAGGAAUACAGAAGGCAAUCUACGCCCCCUGUGCCAGGAAUGUGGCAUACUAAAAUAAAAUGCACAGAUCUCAUAGAUAGACUGCCAGGAACUUCAGGAACCCUGUAAUAACAAGCCCAGAGUAUCCCAAUAAUUGGGUUUAUUUACCCGUCAAUAUCUGUUCUAUAUUACUAGCUCCCUGUCCCUAACAAACAGUCAUAUUAAGGAUCCCAAUAUUUCUGAUACCAGGUACAGUAUAAAUCGAUAAACUCAUUAACCCUAGAAUAGAAUCGAAUACCUUAAUGUUGGAGGGCAGCGUGCGAUUAGAGAAGGGAUAUUGUUUAUGUAAAAUAAUAAAUCUGAUCACCAUUAGCCAGAGAAUGGGCAAAAGCUCAAUCACACACAUAGCUUCCCCUCCCCCCAUGUGUUUAUUAUUCUGCAACGUUAUUAUAUCUCCGUCCAGAUUCACCGAAAUUAAUAUCAGAUUUCCAAACAUUAUGGCCGCAUGUUAAAUGUAACUCAGAUACGUGAGACAGAUGCGAGAAAAACCUCAAAUAAUGCACGUUACUCUGCAGUAAAGGGAUUUAAGGAUGAAACAGAUGUCAUUCUGCUGUAGGGAGAAUUCAUUUUCCAAAUGUUUGUUUAAACUGAUGAGUGAUGACGGAAUAGCUUCUGUAACGUGGAUAUCCUGGUCUAAUCGGCACUGAAUGAUGAGAUUUUAUUUAUCGACCCUUUUGUUAAACAACGUACUGUUAUUAGUAUCGAUAACAAGAAAUGCUCUCUAGAGAUGUUUGGGGGAAUAUCAGAUUUGCCUCACUGCUAAUGCGGUCUCAACUCACUGCGGUCUCUCACCCCCACUGCAGUCUCUAAGCCCACUGCUACUGUAGUAUCUCCCCCACUGCCAUCAGGGGGUUAAACCAGUAUAGUACAGCUGUACAGGGCACAGGUGGCCAUCACACACUACAUCCACUUUACACACACACACACACACACACUACACACACACACUACACACACUGCAUCCACUAUAUACACACACAUACACACCCUGCAUCCACUAUACACACACACACACACACUCUGCAUCCACUAUACACACACACACACUCUGCAUCCACUAUACACACACUCUGCAUCCACUAUACACACACUGCAUGAAAUGUACUUAUCAAUGUGGGUAGACUCUGGGGCAAGCCCUAGGGGCCCUGGCUUUGAUCGGUGUAAGGGGCCCCAACAUUUCUGGUGGCAGCCCUGACAGUGGGUGUAGAAGGCCCUUCUCAAACUACCAUACAUUGUAAGGGUAUUUCUGACCUUUCAAUUACCAAAAUUCUGCUCUAUUGCAGCUUGCAUGAAGGCAUAUUUAUUAAGCCAAAACUGGGGCAAGUCUAUCGUGACAGAACAUUUUGGAGCCAUGAGCAGAUAUAUCCCAUAAUAACCCAGUCAUCUGUAUCGUGUUACCAGGAUUAACAGGGCUGCAACACCAUAUUAAGAAUAACUCUUAGGGGGAACUGGGCUCGGAACAGUAUAACAAAUGAUCAUAUUGUGAAUAACUCUUAGUGAGAACUGGGCUGGUAACAGUAUAACGAAUGAUCAUAUUGUGAAUAACUCUUAGUGAGAACUGGGCUGGUAACAGUAUAACGAAUAAUCAUAUUGUGAAUAACUCUUAGUGGGAACUGGGCUGGUAACAGUAUAACGAAUGAUCAUAUUGUGAAUAACUCUUAGUGAGAACUGGGCUGGUAACAGUAUAACGAAUAAUCAUAUUGUGAAUAACUCUUAGUGGGAACUGGGCUGGUAACAGUAUAACGAAUGAUCAUAUUGUGAAUAACUUAGUGGGAACUGGGCUGGUAACAGUAUAACGAAUAAUCAUAUUGUGAAUAACUCUUAGUGGGAACUGGGCUGGUAACAUAGUAUAACGAAUGAUCAUAUUGUGAAUAACUCUUAGUGGGAACUGGGCUGGUAACAGUAUAACGAAUGAUCAUAUUGUGAAUAACUCUUAGUGGGAACUGGGCUGGUAACAUAGUAUAACGAAUGAUCAUAUUGUGAAUAACUCUUAGUGAGAACUGGGCUGGUAACAGUAUAACGAAUGAUCAUAUUGUGAAUAACUCUUAGUGAGAACUGGGCUGGUAACAGUAUAACGAAUAAUCAUAUUGUGAAUAACUCUUAGUGGGAACUGGGCUGGUAACAGUAUAACGAAUGAUCAUAUUGUGAAUAACUCUUAGUGAGAACUGGGCUGGUAACAGUAUAACGAAUAAUCAUAUUGUGAAUAACUCUUAGUGGGAACUGGGCUGGUAACAGUAUAACGAAUGAUCAUAUUGUGAAUAACUUAGUGGGAACUGGGCUGGUAACAGUAUAACGAAUAAUCAUAUUGUGAAUAACUCUUAGUGGGAACUGGGCUGGUAACAUAGUAUAACGAAUGAUCAUAUUGUGAAUAACUCUUAGUGGGAACUGGGCUGGUAACAGUAUAACAAAUGAUCAUAUUGUGAAUAACUCUUAGUGAGAACUGGGCUGGUAACAGUAUAACGAAUAAUCAUAUUGUGAAUAACUCUUAGUGGGAACUGGGCUGGUAACAUAGUAUAACGAAUGAUCAUAUUGUGAAUAACUCUUAGUGGGAACUGGGCUGGUAACAUAGUAUAACGAAUGAUCAUAUUGUGAAUAACUCUUAGGGGGAACUGGGCUGGUAACAGUAUAACGAAUGGUCAUAUUGUGAAUAACUCUUAGGGGGAACUGGGCUGGUAACAGUAUAACGAAUGAUCAUAUUGUGAAUAACUCUUAGUGGGAACUGGGCUGGUAACAUAGUAUAAUGAAUGGUCAUAUUGUGAAUAACUCUUACUGAGAACUGGGCUGGUAACAUGGUAUAGCUAAAUUGGAAAUAUUGUCCAAGUCAGCUAUUCUAACAGUUUAAUUACUUUGGCCUUGAAUUUGAAAUUCAGUUUAGUAAAUAACUCUGUAUUGCUGAAUGACAUGAGUUAGUGGGAAUCGAAAGGUCUCCCAGAUCCCUCACACAGGAUCUCUGCGGAUAUAUUAUAUUUGUUCCUCAAAUGCACACAAUGUGUACAGGUUCUCAAAGCUUCUAGCGGAGCAAAACUCUCAAAAUUCUCAGCCAUAUAGCAGCCAGGUAAUACAGCUGCUCGGUAUUAUAGAAGCUCGGUAAUACAGCAGUUCGGUAAUUAUAGCAGUUCGGUAAUUUUAGCAGUUCGGUAAUUUUAGCAGUUCGGUAAUUACAGCAGUUCGGUAAUUACAGCAGUUCGGUAAUUACAGCAGCUCGGUAAUUACAGCAGCUCGGUAAUUAUAGCAGCCCGGUAAUUAUAGCUGUAACGGACCGUUUUGCCCACAAGAGGUUAAAAACCGUUUAGGCGAUAUUCCCUUUCAGAUGCACAGGCACAGCUACUGCAGAACACCAAUCCGCCGAACAGGAAACCAUAUGAAUGCCGUAAACAGACGAAUAGGAAAAACCAUCCGAAUAGGUUUACACUCCUAGCAGUCAAACUGGAACAGCAUACAGUAAAUCCCCCCAAGAACGAGACAAAGCUCCAUGUUGAGGGUCAAGCAGGAACAGAGUUGUGGGUUUAUUGUUCUUAUAUACACAUUAGUACCACCCAGAGGCUUUUGGAACACAACCAAUAAACACAUACAAUACACUCAGACACUCCCACACAAAAUCCUCCCCUCUGCCUGUGAUACAAUUACCUUACACAAUGGGUAAUGUAAUUAUCACAAGCAGAGAAAUACAAUUUUUCCACAUUAUUCAUAACUUGAAAAGUAUGCAUCACAUUCACAUUCUUACAUUUUCAGAAUCAGCAUACUCCAAAUACAAACAUAUGUCAAAAUCAUCCAAAUUGGUCCAGUGGUUCAAAAGAUAGAUCGUAGUCCUUUGUGACCAAAGGAAGCAUGGCUUUUCUGCCCAAACCCAGUUCCACAGAGUCUUCUAUCCUGGAGAUAAUUGGGAAGUAAUCCAAUUAUCUCCAAGGAUAGAGGCAAAACUCCAUUGAACAUAUGGCAGCAAAAGACAAUAAAACACAUAAAAACAUAUAACUGUGCAGCCAUCGCACAAAACAGGUACAUUCAACAUAUCCCCAGAUAGCUCAGAUCUGAGCGCACAUUAUUACUGAAUGGCGUUCAGAGCACACACAUACAGUUCAAUUGCCAUGGAGCCAAAGUCUUUACCAUAGUCUUUCAUUAUACGAAUGGGCUCCAUGGCAUAGCUAUCUGGGGUAUCACCGCUCAAACAGGGCCAGCACCGAAUGACUCGUGUCUCCGCAGGGGAAAAUCAAGCGUUUCAACAUGGGGCCACAGUCUAAAGGCAGCAGGCGGGCAACCAGGCUCCUCCACUGCACAGUGGCAAGAUUGGUCUCGUCACAAUAGCAGUUCGGUAAUUAUAGCAGCUCGGUAUUAUAGCAGUUUGGUAAUACAGCAGUUCAGUAAUAUAUCAGCUUGGUAAUUCAGCAGUUCGGUAAUUAUAGCAGCUUGGUAAUACAGCAGCUCGGUAAUACAGCAGCCCGGUAAUACAGCAGCUCGGUAUUAUAGCAGCCCGUUAUUAUAGCAGCCCAGUAUUAUAGCAGCUCGGUAAUACAGCAGUUCGGUAAUACAGCAGCUUGGUAAUACAGCUGCUUGGUAAUAUAGCAGUUCGGUAUUAUAGUAGCUCAGUAUUAUAGCGGUUUGGUAAUAUAGCAGCUUGGUAUUAUAGCAUCUCGGUAAUACAGCAGCCCGGUAUUAUAGCAGCCCGGUAAUACAGCAGCCCGGUAAUUUGGCAGCUUGGUAAUACAGCAGCUCGGUAAUUUGGCAGCUUGGUAAUACAGCAGCUCGGUAAUUUGGCAGCUUGGUAAUACAGCAGCUCGGUAAUACAGCAGCCCGGUAAUUUGGCAGCUCGGUAACAUGUUUUACUCCAUACUCAGUAGGUUUCCUGGCUGGGCUUUUAAACCCCUUUUUAAAUGACAGCGGUUACCCUUACUAAGUAGUUAUGGUUGCAGAGUGAUAUAAACAGAGUUACUGCAUCUUUAGAUCUGCCAAAGUGAGUGUUGUUCUAUAUGUUUUCAUUUUUGGGGCGCAUUCAUUAAUGUCAAUAAAACCCGUCUCGCCUUGGGGGAUGUGGUUUGACCUUCUUUACGGAUGAUGAAAGCUUUAUUUAUUUAUUUGUUUAAUUUUGAGGUGAAACGUUGUAUUUCGUGUUCACUGCCUAAAUAAAGUGCACUUUGCAUCCUACCUGUUGAACUAGUAGAUUCUGCUUUCUGUUCUACCUGUUGAGAGGUUGCGGGCCUCGUCUAUGGAGUACCGGGAGGUGCAUUAGUUCCUGUACCUUUUACCUAGAGUGACACAAUUUAAACUUCUGCAUUUUCCUUUCAAAAGAAUAUUAUGUUUGACGUUAUUAAGACGAGAACAUUUUUCUUUGCCCUUCCAAUGCCCCAAAACCUGCUCUAUUGCAGCUCACACGAAGGCCAUUUUUCAGAAAAUAGCUAAUUAUUCAAUAAUUCGGGACACCUGAAUUUGGGCCAAAUGUCGGUUCAGCUCAGCAGAAUUUCGGAACCAAGAUUCAAAAAAUGAAUCAGAAGAAUAAAAAAAGAAAUUGCAAAUUAUGCGGCAAAUAUAUAAAAAUAAUAUUUACUAACAUUCUCAUAGUGGAUCUUCACAUUAUAAAAGUCAUUCUUUAGUCUAUGAAGUGGAACUUAUUUUAGAUUAUGUUAUUUUGUAUUGUGAAACUGCUUUAAUGUACAAUGUUCUCAAUGAGCGCACACACAUUUCCAUGUAAAUAAAAUGGUCUGGAAUAAUUGCAGAACAAAAGAAGGAUUCCUCGUCUGCAAAGAGCCGUCUCUGGAAGCUCCUGGACAGUGAAAAACUCAAAAGGAAAGCAACGAAAAGCGGCUGGAUAGAGAGUUAUCAGCGCCACCUAGAGGACGCACAGGUUACUCCAGACAUGCAGUCAAAAGCCAUGGUACUUCAGCUGUGGGCGACGCAGGUACGGACCGAACAUAACUAUUGUUUAACUACUGGAACAUUUGAUUUGUAGAGUCAAACUCAGAAAGGCCUAUCAAAUUCAACUUCCAGCUGGGAUCAUUUUGCUUGGCAGUUACACCGGGUGUGUUUAUAUUAUUAAAGGGACACUCCAGGCUCCCACACACGUUAGAUGCACUGUGUAGGUUAGGUUAUAGUUAGUUAUACUGGGUGGGUUUAUAUUAUUAAAGGGACACUCCAGGCUACCACAGACGUUAGAUGCAUUGUGUAGGUUAGGUUACAGUUAGUUAUACUGGGUGGGUUUAUAUUAUUAAAGGGACACUCCAGGCUCACACACACGUUAGGUGCACUGUGUAGGUUAGGUUACAGUUAGUUAUACUGGGUGGGUUUAUAUUAUUAAAGGGACACUCCAGGCUCCCACACACGUUAGAUGCACUGUGUAGGUUAGGUUACAGUUAGUUAUACUGGGUGGGUUUAUAUUAUUAAAGGGACACUCCAGGCUCCCACACACGUUAGGUGCACUGUGUAGGUUAGGUUACAGUUAGUUAUACUGGGUGGGUUUAUAUUAUUAAAGGGACACUCCAGGCUCCCACACACGUUAGAUGCACUGUGUAGGUUAGGUUACAGUUAGUUAUACUGGGUGGGUUUAUAUUAUUAAAGGGACACUCCAGGCUCCCACACACGUUAGGUGCACUGUGUAGGUUAGGUUACAGUUAGUUAUAUUGGGUGGGUUUAUAUUAUUAAAGGGACACUCCAGGCUCCCACACACGUUAGAUGCACUGUGUAGGUUAGGUUACAGUUAGUUAUACUGGGUGGGUUUAUAUUAUUAAAGGGACACUCCAGGCUCCCACACACGUUAGGUGCACUGUAUAGGUUAGGUUACAGUUAGUUAUACUGGGUGGGUUUAUAUUAUUAAAGGGACACUCCAGGCUCCCACACACGUUAGAUGCACUGUGUAGGUUAGGUUACAGUUAGUUAUAGUGGGUGGGUUUAUAUUAUUAAAGGGACACUCCAGGAUCCCACACACGUUAGGUGCACUGUGCAGGUUAGGUUACAGUUAUACUGGGUGGAAACAUAGAAACAUAGAAUGUGACGGCAGAUAAAAACCAUUCGGCCCAUCUAGUCUGCCCAAUUUUCUAAAUACUUUCAUUAGUCCAUAGCCUUAUCUUAUAGUUAGGAUAGCCUUAUGCCUAUCCCACGCAUGCUUAAACUCCUUUACUGUGUUAACCUCUACCACUUCAGCUGGAAGGCUAUUCCAUGCAUCCACUACCCUCUCAGUAAAGUAAUACUUCCUGAUAUUAUUUUUAAACUUUUGUCCCUCUAAUUUAAGACUAUGUCCUCUUGUUGUGGUAGUUUUUCUUCUUUUAAACAUAGUCUCCUCCUUUACUGUGUCAAAUCAUGCAGUAAUUUUCCAAAUAUACUGCGAACAGUGAUGCCAUGAGUUUCUGGCAUCUGCAAGCGGUAAUUUAGUGAUUAGCUCUCUAGAACUGAAAAAGGUGAAUAAUUCAUUAGACAAAUAAAAUGCAUUUAUGUUAAUUUGGAAUUUGGAAAACGGAAAAUGUUGGGUAAUAUCCUAAGAACUAGAUUUCAGUUUUUAUUGUAACCACUUGGUGGCGAUAUAGGACCUACCAGGAGACAGACUCUGGGAUGCCCUUGAUCAAGGUGCUCUGCUCUCCCAGGAGGAGUAAUGCUUACAUUCUGGCAUGAAUUGUAAAUGACAGUCUGUCUCUAGAUAUUUUCAUUCCACAUUUUAUCACUUCUGACUCUCUGUGACUUCCUGAGUGUAUGAUCUUGUCUGAGGAGUUGCUGUAUCAGCUUUUGUUUAAUAGAAAAUAGAGAUUCUGUCUGUGGACGAGCAUUUCAUAGAGAUGGCAAUUCACCGAAGGCCAUAAUGUUAAGUAAUAGUGACAGUCUGGAGCACGAGGGAUCAUCCUUUGAAAUUCUACUAAAUCCAACAAAAAAAAACAUUAAAAAAAGAAAUAGGGACCAACAACCCCAAAUCCGGUAUUUUUAUAACUAAGAAAUUGAAACAAACCUAUUUUAUGUAAACAAUGUAUUCUUUACAUCGAUCAGAAAAUUCAAACAAAUCUCGCAGCUUUAUUCAACACAUUUCAAAUUCAGGUCAAUCUGCUCAAAUACGAAAAAUCCUCCAAAUAAACUGAAUUCAGCUCAACUAUUUUGGCGUAAAAUGAGAAAUUCCGUGUUAAUUCACUAGUACUGACACUUUAGAGCAGGACACUGAGAAAGUUGUGAUAAUAUACGAGAGCUUACUAGUCUGGGCACAGUCCGUAACAUUGUCUGUAACAGGUUUAAUGUGUUCAAUGUACGUCUUACACCUCUUUACACUCAGGUUUUGUUAUAUUGCUUUAUUUUCCCUUAAUUUAUACCCAUUAACCCCUUAUACAUGUGAGUGAUUGGUACUUGCCAUAUCAGGAUGUUAAUACGGGAAGUGUGGAACCCCUUCAGAGCAAAGUGUUCGAUAAAUCGGAUAAUAAUAGAACGGUCUUAAUGCAUCAUUCAUCAUGAUGGGGUUUAAAGCCUAUAGCCUCUCUGUAGGCGUUCUGUAGAUACGGUUACUCUAAAUUAUGCACAAACGCCAUCUACCAAUUAUAAAAAUACACACUUUUCCUCUAAUGACACAUACAGCAAUAUGAAAUGCACGGGUUUUUAAAAUGGAAGAUAUUCAUGGUUUGUGAAAUCCCACUGAGACUAGAAAUUUGGAGAGAACUCUCAAGCAUUAAGCAAAGAAAAUGGUUUAAUAUAUUCUGGAAUUAUUUUAAAUAGUUUUAAACGAAUACAAUGCAGGCUAUUGUGCUGCCAUGGCAACAGAAACUUUCAACCUAUCGAUGCCUGCUUAAUGUCACAUGACUACAAGAUGGAAUUAAUCAGAUCUGGAUGAAACAUUAAGGGGUAGUGAAGUACUGGUGGGAUUAAAAACCCGGUUUAAUUGCUGCCACCGAAUGUGAGUUUUGGGCGGCAUUUCAUUCAGAAAGCGAAACGGAUGUUAACUGUCAGCAAUUGAAGGGGCAUUUCAAAUUAUAUGCCAAAAUUACCUGAAAGCAGCGGACUUGUUUCCAAUUAAUCCAUUUUGGUCUAAGAUUUAAAAUGUCACUUUGAAUUCUGGGCAAACUCUGUUUCCUGGGGGUCCGCGGGGAGGGUACAUGGAUGGUGAAGCUAAUGUAUGGGGUGCAGUACCCCAAGCACCCAUGCUACUCCAGUGAGGGCACAACUGCAACUACAAAUCCUCUUUUGUGCCAGAAAUUAUAUUGUUGACAAUGGUAUAGGUGUCAGGAUUACUAAUUGAUCCUGAACCUAGAAUUGUAUCACAGCUAGGACUAGAAGGUAACGUCUUACCGGGCCUUAGAGUGGCCGGACUUAACGUACCAAAGAAUACUUGCCGAGGUCGGGGGGCACAGAAUGGGACACAACAAUAAGGGAAAGCCAGAAGUCAGGGAUACCAGAAUACAAGGAAUUCAAAACGAAGCCAAAGUCAAAAACCAGAAAUAAACGCUCAGGAACACACUCUCAGACAACCACUAGGGAAACCACGACAGGGCAAAGAGGAAAAGUAAAUUUGAGCUUAAAUAAGUGCUUUACAGUUCUGAUUGUCCAAAAACAGCAUUUGACCCCAAAACGUGCACGUGCGUCUCCCGCGUGACGUCACGUGCACGCCGAUGUCGGCAAUAAACAUGGGUGGACGUAUGGGUUUAAUUUGGUGAGGAUGCGCAGCGGCCGGCGUCCAUCAACAUGUUGCAAGAGUCAGUUAUACAGGCGCAUGGCCGCUGGGUGCAAAUACCGCAAGGUGAAGAGGAAUAUGUUACAAUAGGUACACAUUUAACUCACAGAGAUGGCGUUUAACUCGCACACAGAGACAGUUGCUGGGUGAGUGCAUGAUCACAAUGUAUUCCUAAUGAAUACUGGUUUGGCACUAGACCUGUGCAAGACCCUGUCCAGGUGAAGAAUUCUCCAAAACUGCAAUUUAUGCCUAAGAUUUGUAUUUCUUCAUAUUCCUGGUUAAGUGAAUAGGUGUAGAAGUAAGCAUUAUUGAUAUCAUGAUUUUCCGACAUCCGGGUCACCAAAUAAUGAGACUUGAGCCAUUAUAUUAUAUAGAUGGGCAAUAAAUACACUAAACAGAAAAAAAACCUUGAUUAUUAAUUCACUCUUUUAAAAAAAGGUAUCUGUCAUUAUUACUGAUGACCGAGAUUGACAGAUCUCCCAAUAAUGAGAUAAGACAGGACAGUAGUGUAUUACCAUCCCCAGAAUGGCUGGACUUAAUGCCAGGAAUGGAAAAAACAGUCUACAAACAGGAAACCAGAACAAGCUGAGGUCAAAAGAAUGGAGAACAGAAAAGUCGAGAUCCAACUCAAAACCCAGAAAACCACCCCUCAGAAAGGGAGUCCACACAAGGUUGGAUAUGUGCUGGGUAGAUGCAGAACUCGUUGCAGAACUUAACCGAGGUUUCUGUGGAUGCCGUAACAUGAUCUGAUCAUUCCUCGGUGAGUUUCAAGUUUUCAGUUCUCCAUCCACCCAGAGGAAUGCGGACAUGGAGAUUGAAUAAAUCGCUGUUGGAGGAACCAGGGAUCCAGCAGGACUUGUUGCAGAUUCUAGACAAUUAUGCUAUGCCAGUGACACCUCUUUUGUAAAUCUCUGGCUGGCACACACAGAGGUGGUGAGGGAGCACCUAGUGAAACUCGGGGCAAUGCGGAGGUGACGUAUGGCUGGGAAACAGGAACAAUGCAGGACUCACCUAGAGGACAUGGAAAAAGAAAAAGAAAGCCUCAACCCUCUCUUGAUGCUCAAUAGGUGUCUUCAGAUUUUAAACAAAAAGUCCAAAUUUGAUUGGAGAACUGAUUCUCUCACAUACCUAGGUAUUAAAAAGUCAGAAAACCAACAAAAUAAAUAAGUUGACUCCACAUCAGAUACUGCGUUAGCCUUGAACGCAUUCUGAGCAUUCUUCAAUUCCAUUACUGUGUUAGCCUUAUACACAUCCUGAGCAUUCUUCAAUUCCUUUACUGUGUUAGACGCAUACACAUCCUGAGCAUUCUUCAAUUCCUUUACUGCAUUAGCCUUAUACACAUCCUGAGCAUUCUUCAGUUCCUUUACUGUGUUAGCCUUAUACACAUCCUGAGCAUUCUUUAAUUCCUUUACUGUGUUAGCCUUAUACACAUCCUGAGCAUUCUUCAAUUCCUUUACUGUGUUAGCCUUAUACACAUCCUGAACAUUCUUCAAUUCCUUUACUGCGUUAGCUUUAUCCACAUCCCGAGCAUUCUUCAAUUCCUUACUGUGUUAGCCUUAUACACAUCCUCCUUUACUGUGUUAGCCUUAUACACAUCCUGAGCAUUCUUCAAUUCCUUUACUGCGUUAGCUUUAUCCACAUCCUGAGGAUUCUUCAAUUCCUUUACUGCGGUAGCCUUAUAUACAUCCUGAGCAUUCUUUAAAUGUUUAUUUUUUCCACUGGAAUGCCAUUACAAGUAUAUAUUACUCUAUAAAAUACCAAUAUCUGUUUUUACCCUCCCCCUUUUCAUAUUAUUUCCUCUUAUUCUAUUUUCAUGUAAAACGUGUUCCUCUUUAGUUAGACUAAAACACAUUUGAAAAAGCAAUAAACUACUGAAUUAGAAGACAUGAUGUAGAGUGAUCCAGCAUGGAGCAGAAACGUGAAUCCUGUAGAGAAUAUACAAUGUGUAUGUUUAGCCCUUUCACAAAACCAUUGCCUCGAGGAAGUCUUGAAAUAGAAACGCGUCUCUCACUUCAUUUCUCAGAAUGAGAAUUUUGUUUUUCUUACGUGGCUCGUAAACGUAGCAUGAAAUUGAACUCUAGUAGAGACAGUGAAAGGGCACAACGGACCCAGAUAAAUCUAUGGUUUCCUUGACCUUUCUAUACUUUGAGUCAGCUUCAAUAAAUAACGAAUUUACAAAUAUCUCCGUAUUGCACCCCCACCUCUCCUUCCCCCCAGGAAUUUUGUUGUAUUAGUUGCCGGUUAAAGGAAAACAAUGUUUAAUAUUAUGUUUUUAUGUCUAUAUCUAAAAAUAAAACGUAGAAAUUCACUCCUCUAUAUCUUGUAACUUUAGCUCCGUCAUUAUUACGAGCUCUGUCCUUCGCCCCUGGCAGUCGGCACAGAGAGGACAUGCUUUUUUUUUUUUUUUUUUAACCUUUGCCCUGCUUUGCCGUUUCUGAGCUGGAUUAUAAUGACAUUUUCUAAAUCAUUGAUAAAAUUAAAAAGGAAAGAGAUCAUCUUGUGAAUAAAAAUGAUUAACGCCAGUCAAAAGUGAUUUUUGAGGGUUUAUUCAAUGGUUUAACAUGAUUUGACAAAUUACUCUGGGAGGGUGUCUGGCACUUCCUCCCUGAACUCAAUCUGAUGGACUUACUGUGGAGGGCUACCUGAUCGGACAAUGAACUUUAAUAAACUCUAAUUGUCGUUAUCUGUUCAUCUUGUCCCAGUCCAGCAUGCUGAUAUGCAGUGCAUUAUUAUGGAGUCAUGUUUGAUAUGGACAGCUUCGCCUGAGGUUGCUCCAUGUCACGAGUCGCGUAUUGGUUGGUGCUGCUAAUCAGUCGCUGGCCAAUACAAUUUCCUUGUAUCCCAUUUAGACCCAGUGUGCCCUGUUAUGGUCUAGAGUUGCUGCUCGGUUUCCUCUAAUUUUGUCUUUUCCCUAAUUAUUCUUUCAUCUUCCAGUCAUUUCACUAGUCCGCUAUUUGCCCGGUCACUCCUUUCGGACCAGUAAUACACGUCUAUUCUUUAUUAUUGGAGUUGACCUGGGUUUGUAUGUUUACUAGUUAAUCCUGAAACUAAUGAACCUGCCGAGAUGAAUCAAACGAUGUCCAACAUCGAGCUUUAACACAAUCUACUGAACCUACGAAGGUGCAUCAAGUGGUGUCCAAUACUGAACACUAAUACAAUCUAAUCACCUCUACUUGGCCAAAAGCCAAGGACAUGCGAAUAAUGAAAGUGGGGCCGGCUAAUGAGAACAAAAUGAUAUUCACUUCUCGGAUUGUAAUUAGAGUUGGAUGUGCAAAUGUAGCAGGAAUUCUGGAAAUAAGAAUAUAAUGGAUAGAUUUUACUGGAAUCCUUGCAUUAGUUGGAAGACGUCAUAACAGUGGUGUGAAAUGGCUAUUAACUUAUGGAGUAGUACGAGGGCAAUGAUAAUCUCUAACUUGUAGAACUACAAUAGGCCUUUUAAUCGGACCAGAGAAAGAAUGUAACCCUUUUUUGUCUCUCCAUGGGUUACUUUACCAAAACGUUACUAAUACAUUGAUUUUGGGUUUCGUAACUCUUGAAUGUGUGCAUUUUUAGAACUCUCCUUAUGCCCAAAAAUAGAAUUACGUUUCCAAUAGUAAAGAGACAUUAUAAGUAAAAUACCACUACAAAUCAGUGUGUAACUAUAAGCUAGUGUUUAUUAUACUACUAUCAUAUUAUUACUGGUUAGUGUAUUGUUAAAACUCAGUAUUAUUACAUCGCAGAGUAUUAGAAAAGGUUGGCGUGUCAUUACUAACAUGUCUACAUCUGUUCCAUUUUAGGGUAACGCUGGCCCGGCUGCAUUCUGGAUGCUCCUGUUUCUGUUAAAGCAUCCUAAAGCCAUGACUUCCGUCCAAGAGGAAUUAGAAAAGGUUUUUAAAAGCAACGGACGCACAAUAAAACGAAUGGAGGACGUCAGCCAAGAGAUCUUAGACAGCACCAUCGUCUUUGGUCAGUGACGCUCACUUUAUGUCUGAUUUUAUGGUUACUAAUGUUGACCCUAUGGAAUUCUGCUCAACCUCAAACCCAAUUGCAAAAUUUAGGCUGAAAUAGCAGGGCUGGGAUUAUGAUUCAGUUGGAGAAUUGUUCUAAAUCUGCCCUAUUUGCUUAGAUUUUAAAAUUCAAUUUUUAUUUCAUUACAAAAUGCUGUUGCUAACCUGUGCUAUGAUAAAAUCUUUGCCACCUGUUCUAUCACAUCCUUAGAAAGUUGUAUUACAUCAUUCUACAAACCCCGCCCACGCAGAGCCAGAUGUUACACUUUCCUCCCUCAUAAAGCCGUAAGACUGCCAUCUCCCAUAUAAGGACUUUAGCUGCAUCAGUCCCGUGCAGAUCCAAUACUUACUGAACUCAGGAUUUAAACCUAAUAUCUGCAGAGAGACCAACACUGUACAGUGUAACGGUUUGUACUCCUUGCUCUGAACGUGCAAGCAAGGGGAUAUGGGGGAUAUCCCGCUCACCUUUUAAAGGUAACAUGUUGAUGGAGAGCAUAUACUGCAACCCCUUCCAGCCUCCCUCCACUUCACAGUUUUAAGUGUAAAUAAUAUUAGGGCCUAAAUAUUACUGCGAAAACCCCCAAAUAUUUCAUGGUACCGUCCCUACACGUCAUUUAUUGUAUUUUUCUAUUCUACAUAUUCUCCAAUCCCUCCCGUAGACGAUCUAUACUGCAGAGUGUACCGUGAAGAUCUGUCACAAUACAUAACUCAUCCCCCCUCUUCAUCUCCAUACAGACAGCGUACUAAAUGAGAGUUUGCGCCUGACAGCGGCCCCAUUUAUCACAAGGGAAGUCCUUCUGGAUAUGUCUCUCAAACUGGCAGAUGGCCGGGAGUAUCGGCUGAGGAACGGAGACAGGCUCUGUCUCUUCCCGUAUGUGAGCCCCCAGAUGGACCCAGAAAUUCACCAGCAGCCUCAGGUAACUGUCAUUUUGCAUUCUCGUUCCUUUCAAAGCCUUUUUUGUUACUUUCAUUGUUUUAUGGGUUUUGUAAUUCCAUAUUUCUGAGCUUCUUUAAAAAAAAAAAAAUCUGGAUGUUACGAUGAAGCCAGGAUGGGUUUGCAGACAGAAUAGCAACUUGUACAGGUUUACAGGAAUUACUGCCAUUUAGAAAACAGCCCCCUCCAUAACCCCCCAUGUUUCAUCUUUAUUGAGGAUUCCACUUGCCAUACAAAGUCAAUACAAUGGUACAACAAACAAAAUAAUGUAUUAUUAUACAUACAAAACUAAAGAAAUAAAGAAUGUCACAAGCCAUGUAUCAAUGUAUUGGAGAGCCCACUCUGAACCCCUUACUCACUACAAAUGUGCAUCAGUUAAACUUUGCCUCGACUCACAUGUAGUGGAGUUUAAAGCACAGACGGUCAUGUGAAGGAGACAUGAUCAUUUGUAGGGAAUGUAAUUUGAUCUAUACCUUAUUAUGGUAAUAUUGUUAUCCUAUAGAAAAAAAAUGAUCUAGAAAUGUUUCUUACAUUCGUUAAAGGCACGAGAUAAGGGCAGAUAGUAUAUGUAUUUCUCUCAGAUCGAAGUUAGUGUCCAGUGAACCUGCUGAAUGCUUUUCACAUACUCCAAUGCAAGGCACAGAUGGACAAGUAUUACAUUUAGGUAAAUAGGAACAAGGAAAUAUUGCCUACCCCACCAGAAACUAAACACAGAACAUGCAGCCAUUAAAAGCAAUAUAUCUUAUACACCCUAGUGGUCAGAUUUGGAGCUGCAACAAAAAUGUGAAAAUCCAGAAGACCAACUUGUUCAGUUCACAAAUAAAACAGUGAAUUUCUGCCCUGUGUCUGUUACCCUAAAAAGAGCACAUUCUCACAUUUACCCCCGUGCACAAAUGUCCCCGCUGUGUUUUAGAUCAGAUUGAGUAUCAGAAACAUAGAAUAAGAGCCUUUCGGCCCAUCUAGUCUGUGCAAUACACUUAAAAUACUUAUAGUUUUAUUAUAUUGACGUUGAAAGCCCGAUGCUGUAAAUACAAGACUUUGCAAUACGUAUACGAUAUUCUCUGCUUACAAUUUGUCAUAGAACACAGACGUUUGCAGAUAUUAGAAGGGCCGGUUUGCUCACACACAUUAAUCUUGUUUCAUCGUUGACCGGGUUUUUAACUGAGCAUGAAAGAGAUUUUAAAACAAACAAAACCCACACAGGAAGUUUCAAAUUAGAUUAACAUGAUGAAAGCUGCCCAAAAUGUGGCUUUUAUAUAUAAUGAGCCAUGACUAGGAACGGGUCGCAACCUUCUAUGCUGUUCCUUUUUGCACGCCAUAAAUUUGCCAAACAGACACAGUUUCCAUUUUUAGAUGCCUGCACACAUGGCAGUCUACGAUCCAUCCCGAAUCAGAUUAGUAAUUGUUUUACAGCGAGGUCUUCUGGCAUCACGGAAUGUCUGGUGCUCCAUUAGACAGCAUGCGGCCAUACUAUGUCGUAAUCACUAGCCUUUCCUUCUCCAGGAUUCAUUUCAGUGUAAUCACCUUGUAAACCUGUAGGUGAACUGCUUCCUUAUCCCAGAAUUCUCUGUUCUCUAGAAAUUCCAGUACGAUCGAUUCCUAAACGUGGACGGAUCUGGAAAGAAGGAUUUCUACAAAAAUGGAAAAAAAGUGAAACAUCCCAGCAUGCCUUGGGGGGCCGGGAGCAAUGUCUGUACUGGGAGAUUCCACGCCGUCAACAGCAUCAAACUGUAAGAACGCAGUUUAUUAUAUAAAAUGUUUCCAGAAAAUACAAAGGCUGGCCACGUUAACAUUUAGAUGUUUAUCACAACGUGACUUAUGUGUCUAUUCACUAAACGCUGAAUUGCAGCAAAUUGAAAAUACUAACGGCAGAGCUUAGGCUAAAAUAACCAACCGUGUCUCGAGAGCUUUUCCAGUUCAGCCAUUUUUGCCAGGUUUCAAUCGGCAACAAUUCAGAGGUUAGUGAAAGAUUCUGCAUUCGUAAGCACAAAAUGUAGUCCAUAUUAGUAAUUUUGGGAUUUCGAGUCACGUGUGUAUCCAGUACGAUACAGAAGCGAUGUGUGUGGAGGAAGUGGAUCGUGUAGGCCUGAUAUCCACACAAUGUCUGCUACAUUUUAACCUCACAGUUAAACACAAUGAUGCUCAUUUUCACAAAUAAAAUUAUAAAAUUAGAACAAACAUGAGUUUUUAGCACAGAGGAAGCAGACACGUUGCAUGAUAAGUUGGCAAGUAAGAAUCAAAGGGGGAGACUAUAAAUCUUUUUUUUUAAAGUUUUACGUUUGUGGGUAAACGUUGUGCACCAAAGGAUUGGCUAAGGAUAGCCCACUAUCAAAGACUAAAGCUGGAAAGCGAACACUAUACAACAGGAACCCCGAGGUAUUCAAGAAAUGCAGGUUACGUUGAAAUCAAUAUUACAAAAUGUGACUAAUUGUUUAGUAUGUUAAGAUUUUAUUUUAAAGCAAUCAUCAAUGAAGAUUUAAAACAAAACUGCUGUUUAUGUCCGUUUGAAUCAUGAAUAGUUUAAUCUCAGCAUCAAAUUUAUAUUUACAUAAAAUAAAGUAGAUACUAAUAGACCACGUUUUGCUUCUUGGAUCUGAAUUUACUUUCCUUUUUUUAGGUUUGUAUUUCUCCUCUUUUUCUACUUUGAAUUUGAAUUCAAUAACCCCAAAGACAAUAUGCCCCAAUUUGACCGAAGUCGAUAUGGAUUUGGAGUGCUACAUCCUGACAGUGAUAUCGUCUUUCGAUACAGAAAGCGUUUUUGAGCAAAUCGGACGACAAUAUCGAAAAUAUCAGACUGUGACAUAAGAAAACUGUGUAAAAAGGGAAAAAAAUGGUUUUGUGGUUGCAAAUGAUUCCCCAUUAUUUUAAAACAAUUAUUAUAGUGAAGAAAUGUCUAUUAAAUUCACUGGAAUACAAUAGACACAUUGAAGGGAAAACACGUCAAAGUGAAACAUGUUAUCUCACCUUCAAAGAAACUAAAAUGUGAAAGAAGUAUGACAUUCUGGGAGAUGGAACAUUAUCAAACAAACAUUGUGCUCCAGAAGGAAAACGUUAUUUUUUUUGUCUUGACUAUUUUAUUUUCAAUUUUUGGGAAGUGCCAAGUAUCCCAUCAAUGAUUCCUUAAGCACGGAUCGUGUCCGAAUGUGCAUGGGAGCUUGGAGACGGUUUCAGGGGAGCGGAAUAAAACUGGAGGGGCAAAAAUUAAUGUGGGGUUUUUCCAACACUUUCUAUAAUAAGUAUUGGAAUAUAUAUAAAGCUGAUAUUAUUAAUAUAAUUUUUAUAAAAUUGUACAUUUUUAAAUCAUUGUUUUGUAAUAAAAUGCAAAAGAAAUUGAAAGAAUUAAAUAAAAAUGUGGGCGUACCUUGUGAUGGCACAAGAUCUCGGUCUGUUUGCAUAGUCCACAAACAGACAUGACGUUUGAUUUUUAUUUAUAUUAUUUUGCAGCUUGUUAAGUAGAUUAAGCUAUAAAAUGGUAUUCUAUUUAUAUAGAUUUUUUUUUAUUUAUGUGCACUAAUAUGUUUGUGUGUUUAUACAACUAAGCACUUUACCCGUUAAAUCUUUAUUGAAUGUUUAGAUGUUUAAAUAAAGACAUGUUUUCU